AAUAUUGCUCAUAAUAUUGUAUUUCUGGCCCUUCUGACUGAUCUGUUUCUAUGUUUCUCUGUUCCAGUGCGGGUGCCUGGGAUCCUCUUCCAGGAGGACUGCGACGUGAACUCUUGCCACCCCCAGCUGGGGGACCUGAUGGUGGGCCGCGCUGCCAAGCUCUCAGCCUCCUCUACCUGCGGACUAAACGGGCCCCAGAACUACUGCAUCCUCGGAUACAUGGAGGUCAGGACUUAAACCUUGAUAGGGGUGCUCUGUGGUGCACUGUUCCUAAACACAAACUUGAGUGUUGUUGUGGGGUUGAAGUCAGUGAGUGUCAUCUGUAUAUGUUAAUCUGUCUCAUCUGUCUGCACACAGUACUAAUGCCAAAAACAGAUAUGUUCCACAAGCACAAACAGACAGUUAGCUGUGAUCCCACGCAAAAAAACAUCAGGCUUGUCAGUACUAUCUACAGAAUCUCAACAGUGUUUAAGCCAGAUGUUGAAGGUUGGAAUAGGAUAUAAAGCGUUGUUUUAGAACAACUCUCUCCAUUUGAUUGUCAGCUCUGUUGCUCACCCUUAAGAUGCCUCAUACUGCAGACGUGUCUUGAUCUGCCACAUUUAUAGUUCAUUUUACAUUUUAGUAAUUUAGCAGACGCUCUCAUCCAGAGCGACUUACAGUUAGUGAGUGCAUAAAUGUUUCAUACUGGCUCCCGUGGGAAUCGAACCCACAACCCUGGCGUUGCAAGUGCCAUGCUCUACCAACUGAGCUACAGGAGGCCUGGCGUUUCCCUGAAAGUGCUCUGGGGCUAAUUUAAGUGCUCUCGCUAUGAUGAUUUCCUCUGCAUAGCCCUCUUACCUCCCCCUUCACUCCCCUUUCCUCCCCUCAAUGUUUCUCUCUAACACACCUUCUUUCUCUCUUUCACUCUCUGUUUUCCUCUCUCUCUUUCUGGAUCUUUUUCUCCUUCUACGUUUUUUCUCUCUCUUAGCUCUUCCCCCUGUGUCACGCCCUGGCUCUGGGGACUCUUAAAUGUUGAGCCAGGGUGUGGAGUUUCUAUGUCAUAUUUUCUAUGUUGUGUUUUCUAGAUCGUGUAGAUCUAUGUUGGCCAGGGUGGUUCCCAAUCAGAGGCAGCUGUAGCUCAUUGUCUCUGAUUGGGGGCAAUACUUAGGCAGCCUAUUUGGCACUAGUCGGUGUGGGAUCUUGUUCCGUUUAGGUUUGUUUUGUGUAACCUAGGACUUCACGUAUCGUUUGUUUGUUGUUUUGUGUCGUGUUAAGUACGUAAUAAAAUGCUUAUCACGCUGCGCCCUGGUCCGUCUCAUCAGUAAACGAUCGUGACACCCUGUCCUCCCCUGGCAGGUGAUAGGUGUGUGCCCCUUUUGUGGACUUAUGGCCUUAUGAAUUUAUGAGUGCGUUUUCUUAGCAUAAUUCCGCCUAAAUGUUUUGGGGCAGUCGAGAACUAAUUGCAGGAAAAAAAGUGUGACUUAAUCACUCACUCAGUUAUUGGGGUUGUUGCCAUGGGAAACCAAUUAGUUGUGUAAAACCCCUGUUUUAUUUCUAGUAACAAAAUUGAAAAAUGUCCCUUUUUGUCUUUCUCAGGAUGAGCAGAAGUGCUUCACCUGUGACUCCAGGCAGACCUACAAUCUCUAUAACAACCAAGACAGCCACCAGAUUGAGAACGUCAUCACCACCUUUGGCACUGAGCGCAAGAUGAAGUGGUGGCAGUCUCAUAACGGUGGGUCUCAGUCCAGAUACUUUAUGCUUGAUAUCCAGCCCUGGGUCAAAAACAUUAUGUAAUUUACCAGAAAUAAAUUUGAGGUGUGCUUAAGCUAGAGUACCGACCAGGGUAACAAAAUCACUUGAAAGUAUUUGACAUACUGUAUGUACAGUGCCGUGAAAAGGUAUUUUCCCCCUUUCUGAUUUUCUCUAUUUUUGCAUGUUUUUGAUACUGAAUGUUAUCAGAUCUUCAACCAAAACCUGAUAUUAGAUAAAGGGAAAUUAUACUUAUUUUGUUUAUUUAAUUAACAAAGUUAUACAACAUCCAAUUCCCCAGUGUGAAAAAGUAAUUGCCCCCUUACACUCAAUAGCUGGUUGACCUGGGUCCCAUUAUGCCUGGCGAAAACCAAACACUGCAUUCCACAGUAAGAACCAAAUACCGACGGUCAAGAAUGGUGGUGGUAGUGUGAUGGUUUGGGGAUGCUUUGUUGCCUCAGGACCUGGAUGACUUGCCUUAUUAGAAGGAACCAUGAAUUCUCCUCUGUAUCAGAGAAUUCUACAGGAGAAUGUCAGGCCAUCCGUCUGUGAGCUGAAGCUGAAGCGCAGCUGGGUCAUACAGCAAGACAUUGAUCCAAAACACACGAUCAAGUCCACAUGAAAAUGGCUAAAAAGCAACACAUUUGAUGUUUUGGAAUGGCCUAGUCAAAGUCCAGACCUAAUUCCAAUUGAGAUGUUGUGGUAGGACUUGAAAAGAGUAGUUCAUGCUUGAAAAGUACUCUGUAGCUCAGCUGGUAGAGCACGGCGCUUGUAACGCUAAGGUAGUGGGUUCGAUCCCCGGGACCACCCAUACAUAAAAAAUAAAAUUAUGCACGCAUGACUGUUAGUCGCUUUGGAUAAAAGCGUCUGCUAAAUGGCGUAUUAUAUUAUAUUAUAAAACCCACAAAUGUCGCUGAGUUACAGCAGUUCUGCAUGGAAGAGUGGGCCAAAAUUCCUCCACAGCGACGUGAGAGACUGAUCAACAACUACAGGAAGUAUUUGGUUGCAGUUAUUGCAGCUAAAGGUGGCACAACCAGUUAUUGAGUGUAAGGGGGCAAUUACUUUUUCACACAGGGGCAUUGGGUGUUGCAUAACUUUGUUUAUGAAAUAAAUGUUUAAUUGUUGUGUUAUUUGUUCACUCAGGGCCCCUUUAUCUAAUAUUAGGUUUUGGUUGAAGAUCUGAUAACAUUCAGUAUAAAAAAUAUGCAAACGUAGAGAAAAUUAGAAAGGGGGGAAAUACUUUUUCACUGCACUGUUUUUGGACCAGGUCAGAUCAUAUCUAGGAGGUUACGUAAUCAAUAAUGUUUCAACACCUUUAGAUGGAGCUAGAGAGCCCACUGUACAAUGAGAGCCCAUGCUAGAACAGUAAUCAUAUAGAAUUUGACUGACUGAAUGAGAUGUUUAGUGCUAGGCUGGAACAAAAAGCUACAUACACUGCAGCUCUCUCCAGGUCCAAGAGUGCCAGACCUAACACUACAUUAAUUUGUGUGCCUCAAUCAAUAUCGCUCUGUCUGCACUGACACUCCCUGCGGAGUGAUGAUAUUUCCUUUGCUGGCCUUGCAGAGUUUCCGUCCUGCCGUCAUGUUGGUGGAAAGGUCUAAGGACUAUGGGCACAGUUGGAAGGUGUUCCGCUACUUUGCAGAGGACUGUGCCUCCCACUUCCCUGGGGUCUCACAGGGGCCGGCUGACAGCACCAAUGAUGUCAUCUGUGACAGCAGAUACUCAGCCUCAGAGCCAUCUACUGACGGAGAGGUGAAAUACACACACGAACGCAAAACACAAUAACCAAACGUAUGGCACGCGUCUAUGGCAUUCCAUUACAGGUGGUGUUGAAGGCUCUAGAUCCAAGCUUUGACAUAGAGAACCCAUACGCUCCCCAUAUUCAAGGUUAGACACAGACUUUUCAUUACAUUAUUACCAGUGGUGGAACAAAGUAGAAUUGUAAAAUACAAUUUUCACCCAUUUGAAAUGUUCUCCCCUUCAGAGCAGAUCACCAUGACCAACCUGCGGAUCAACUUCACCCGUCUGUUCACCCCAGGUGACACCCUACUGGGGCGGAAGAAGAGGAACCCUGAGGAGAAGUACUACUACUGUUACCCUGUACGAAAUGGUGGUGCGAGGCAGCUGCUUCUGUAACGGCCAUGCCAGCAUGUGUAUGCCUGUGGAUGGAACAGGAGGAGACAUCUUCAACGAGCCUAACAUGGUGAGGAGGGGGAAGAAGGGAAUAUAGCAGUUGCACUGUAUCCAGAAUGGCCAUAUUGAAUCCUAAACUGUUUUCUUUUGGGUUCUUCAAAUAUUGUUUACCUCUGUAUCUCUUUGUUUAUGUUUAUGAUGUAGCUUCUGACCUUGUUCUCUUAGAUUCACGGGCGCUGUGUGUGCCAACACAACACCGUGGGCACCAACUGUGAUAAAUGCCAGGACUUUUACAACGAUGCCCCCUGGAGGCCAGCAGGCCAAACUGACCCACACGUCUGCAGAAGUAAUGCACUUUAAUUUAUUAUUUGACUGAUGUCUAUGCGUGUGCUGACUGGGAUUCAAACCCGAAAUGCCUGUGUGAGCUGUGGUAGCCCACCGAGCUAAAGCCUCGGACACUCCUCCAAGCCAUGAUUGAGGGAAUCAUACUGUUGGGGAAAACUGGGUAAUUGGGAGUGUAUUACAUUGCAUUAGUUUUAUGACAGUGUUUGUUUCUUCACUUAGGGUGCAACUGUCAUGGCCAUUCGGAGACGUGUCACUUUGACAUAGGCCAGUACCAGGCCAGUGGAGGGGUCAGCGGAGGGGUGUGUGACGAUUGCCAACAUGACCGCAUGGGCCCCCAGUGGGAACGGUGCCGACCUUACCUCUACCAGGACCCCCAGCUCUCCAUGGAAGACACUUGGGGCUGUAUCUGUAAGUCAGCUUCUAGCAGGUUUAUAUCUAUUUUGUUCCAGGCAGAUAAUCUGGCAAUGUUUUAUAUGAAGUUAUAGCUGUAGCUCUUUUACUACUCCUAUGAAGUGUACUCAGUCAAUAGAAGCUUUGCGUUGAUGAUGUCACCCUAUAUGAAGCUAUACAUAGUCAUUCUAUAACUCCACCCUGUUGUAACGUUGGUUCUGUUUGGCUCCAGCGUGUGACUGUGACCCAAUGGGGACCCUGGAUAACGGCCUGUGUGACCCCGUGUCGGGCCGCCGCGUGUGUAAGGAGAACGUGGCGGGGGACAGGUGUGAACACUGUAAAUUCAGCUUUUAUGGGUUCAGACAGGAGGACCCCACUGGCUGCCAGAGUAAGUCUAGAGUAAAGUAAUUAUACUGUAUAUCUAUGGAGGCCUCCCUGUGGUUAUUCACACUCUCUGAUUGGUCCUCUGUGUUUAGGGUGCAAGUGUAACUUCCGGGGUAGUGUCCUGACGCCUUACCCAUGUGACCAGGAGACAGGUCAGUGUGUGUGUCAGCGCCUCGCCACAGGACCCGUGUGUGACUGAUGUCUGGUAGGACCAUGUGUCUCCAUGACAACCAACGUUGUGCUUUAGCUCCUACUAUAAGUUCAGUGAUAAACUUACUAGCACCAACAUCCUGAUUGAUGUAAAAAAAAAGGUUAUCUCUCUCUCUCUAGCCAGGUUACUGGGAUCUGGGGAACACUGUGCACACCUGUUCUCCUUGUGACUGUGACCAUGGAGGAGCCUACAGCAGCACGUGUGUAGAACAACACUGUACAUUGUACAGUAUAUAAUGAUCUUAACAUUGACACAAAACCUGGUGGUUUAUUCAGUGAGGUGAAACACUCAUCAAGCAUAUCUGUUCUACUAAAUACAUUUCUAUCUGAACAUCCUGAACGUUUCACCUUAUGGAAUAUACCCCAGCAUGUUUUGUCUUGCCCCCUUGUCCAACCCGAUUGGCUGGAUCUCCCUCUCAUGUCCACAGGUGCUCAUCAGUGGACGGCCAGUGUCAGUGCCUACCCAACAUGGUUGGCCGGAGCUGUGGUGAUCCCGCCCACGGACACUUCCUGGCUGGUCUGGACUACUACCUGUACGAUGCAGAGAACGCUGCCCCACUGGAGGGACAAAGCUCCCCUCUGGUGAUGCCUGAGUAUGACGUUUCACCUUCAGCAUUGUGGCCAAUGGCUGCGGAUGGAAAGCUUCAGCGUCAAACUUUUGAUAGUGGAUUAUGUCAGCAAUUCAAAUACCUAAAGUUGAUGUGCAUUCGUGUGCGUAUUCCUCCCCCAGUUGAAAGCCACAGGCCUGCCUGUGUGUGAGGAAUACUACAGACAGCAGGGCUAUGACUUCAAAUAUCAAAAUGUCCGCUUGGUCCUGACCAGGAGAAGCAAGAGACAAGCCAGGAGGAGAAGACAGGGACAGGUACUAGCAACACCUCAAUAGCUUACUUACACAGUAGGAGUGUAGUACUGAUUAGUAACUUACACUGAGUUUCUUUCCAUCAGAGAUCCAUUCCCCUGGACCUGGGCUCGGCACUCCAGAUUGUACCCCGGGAGAGGACCACAGAUGUGCCAAUCACUUGGACUGGUCCAGGAUUUGUGAGGGUCCUGGAUGGGGUGGGGCUUAGGUUCACUGUGGACAACCUUGCAGCUUCCCUCGACUACCAAGUGGUCAUCCACUAUGAACCAGAGGUGAGGGCAACCGUAGCAACGAAAAACAUGUGAAACCAUGGAAACACACUGUAAUCAUUGAUGUGUGUGUGCAAAAUAGUUUCUGUGUGUGAUUGUGAAGUUUGAGCUUAUAUUUAUUGUGUUCUCAAUGUCGGUGACUGUGCUUACUUUGGUCGCUGUAGUCGCCAGAUGACUGGAUGGCUUCUGUGAGCAUUGUUCCCUUAUCGGCUGGUGACAGAGGAUGUCCCACUGACCCGACAGGGGAGAAGACCCUCACCCUACCUGGGGCUGCCAGGUAAGAGACACCUGCACUCAUCAUCAGAUAACAUCAAUAUGAACAAAUCUAUGCUAUAGUUACUAUACUACUGGGCAUUCCCAUCGAAAAGGGCCCAUGAGCAAAAACCUGUGAAGUUCAUAGGACCAUAUCAAAUUGGGUGUCAAAUGAAAGCUAAGAGUCUAUAUUUUUUUGGAAAUGAAGGCAUAGAUACAUUUUCCAACUAUUUUCCAUCUUAAAAAUUAGGCAAAAGUAAAGGCUUUGAUUUCUGGAUAAACAGAUGGAAAAGGAGUCUUAGAAAACAUUUACCUGAAAAAGUCUUAAAGGGUAUCAGAAAUACAUCAAAACACAAUGUUGACGUAAAGACCCCUACCAACUAAUAUCAAUACAUAUUUAGUUUUGGAAAAAUGGUUUACCUUCUGUAAAUUUAGGAAAUAUUGCCUUGUGCCUUGUAAUUCCUUUAUUAAAAAACAACAACAUUUCUUUAAGUUAUUUUCUAAUUUCUCUCACUCAUGAGGAGGGAGGAUAAUGAAUGUUCACAGAAAUAACAAGUAAUGGUAGGCCUAGACAAUUAGGGAUUUUACUGAUAUCAAUUUUAUUUAGGAAUUAUUAAGUGAUUCAAACUCGUUAUUCCGUUACCAAAUUGGUAACAGAAUUACUAAAAAAUCUGUAACGGAAUUACUGCAACUGAAUUGGCUACAAUGGGAAAACAUAUUAGUCACAAACCACAUUUGGAUCAACUGCUACUGUCCUCCCUUGCAUUAGCAUACUCUUAUGUUCAGCUCAUAACUGUUUUCCUUGUCUUUCUGUUGUCCUGUGGUCAAACCAAGAGUGUUAAAACAGUCUGAGUCUGGACAACCCCUCCCUCACUCUCCAGUUAAUGUCACCUCUCACACCUACCCAUGAGGCCCCUCUCUUUCCAUUUACUGUAACCAGCAUCCUCACCCACUGAGCACCAACCGACACCGGACAUCCAUGGACGUUGAAAAGUAAUUGAAAUUUGGUCAGUCCACCCUGGCCUUGAUGUUAACAUCCACAGACGGACCAGACUGGACCAAAUCUGAACCUAUCAUAGACGUACAGUACCAGUCAAAAGUUUGGACACCAACUCAUUCAAGGGUUUUUCUUUAUUUUUACUAUUUUCUACAUUGUAAAAAAGUAGUGAAGACAUCAAAAUAUGAAAUAACACAUAUGGAAUCAUGUAGUAACCAAAAAAGUGUUAAACAAAUCAAAAUAUAUUUUAAAUUUUAGAUUAUUCAAAGUAGCCACCCUUUGCCUUUAUGACAGCUUUGUACUCGCUUGGCAUUCUCUCAACCAGCUUCAUGAGGAAUGCUUUUCCAACAGUCUUGAAGGAGUUCCCACAUAUGCUGAGCACUUGUUGGCUGCUUUCCCUUCACUGUGCGGUCCAACUCAUCCCAAACCAUCUCAAUUGGGUUGAGGUUGGGUGAUUGUGGAGGCCAGGUCAUCUGAUGCAGCACUCCAUCACUCUUCUUCUUGGUCAAAUAGCCCUUACACAGCCUGGAGGUGUGUUUUGGGUCAUUGUCCUGUUGAAAAACAAAUGAUAGUCCCACUAAGCGCAAAUCAGAUGGGAUGGCGUAUCGCUGCAGAAUGCUGUGGUAACCAUGCUGGUUAAGUGUGCCUUGAAUUCUAAAUAAAUCACUGACAGUAUCACCAGCAAAGCACCAUCACACCUCCUCUGUGCUUCACGGUGGGAACCACACAUGUGGAGAUCAUCCGUUCACCUACUCUGUGUCUCACAAAGACACGGCAGUUGGAACCAAAAAUCUCAUCUGGACUCAUCAGACCAAAGGACCAACUUAUCCUCUGCAGCAGAGGUAACUCUGGGUCUUCCUUUCCUGUGGCGGUCCUCAUGAGAGCCAGUUUCAUCAUAGCGCUUAAUGGUUUUUGCGACUGCACUUGAAGAAACUUUCAAAGUUCUUGACAUUUUCCGUAUUGACUGACCUUCAUGUCUUAAAGUAAUGAUGGACUGUCGUUUCUCUUUGCUUAUUUGAGCUGUUCUUGCCAUGAUAUGGACUUGGUCUUUUACAUCACGGCAUAACGCCUCUCCCCUAUUUGACCUAGAUAGUUUGUGUGUAUGUAUUGAUAUGUAGGCUACAAGUGCCUUUAAAUUUUUUUUAUGUAGUUCUGUCCUUGAGCUGUUCUUGUCUAUUAAUGUUCUGUAUUAUGUAAUGUUUAAUGUUUUGUGUGGACCUCAGGAAGAGUAGCUGCUGCUUUUCCAACAGCUAAUGGGGAUCCUAAUAAAAUACCAAAUACCAAAUAGGGCUAGUUUCUGUAUACCACCCUUACCUUGUCACAACAUAACUGAUUGGCUCAAACGCAUUAAGAAGGAAAGAAAUUCCACAAAUUAACUUUUAAGAAGGCACACCUGUUAAUUGAAAUGAAUUCCAGGUGACUACCUCAUGAAGCUGGUUGAGAGAAUGCCAAGAGUGUGCAAAGCUGUCAUCAAGGCAAAGGGUGGCUAUUUAAAGAAUCUCAAAUCUCAAAUAUAUUUUGAUUUGUUUAACACUGUUUUUGGUUACUACAAGAUUCCAUAUGUGUUAUUUCGUCGUUUUGAUUUCUUCACUAUUAUUCUACAAUGUAUAAAAAGUAAAAAUAAAGAAAAACCCUUGAAUGAGUAGGUGUGUCCAAGGUUUUGACUGGUAGUGUACAUUUUAAGUCAACGCGUAAUUCCGUUACUGUGGAAUUGCCCUACUACAAACAUUUGUGUGACUUCUGUGUUUGUCCUCAGGGUUGCCAUUUUGGAUACGCCUGUGUGUCUGAAUGCGGGAGGGAGAUAUUAUGUGGACAUCAAGUUUAGGACGCAGCCCAACACUAACCCUCAGUCCAGCUCACAUACACUCAUGGACUCAGUGAGAAUACCAUCACAUUAUUAUUUGUAUCAUAAUGUCAUAUAUGUUACGGGAGAUGAAGUCUUCUGAGGUGUGACGUCCAAACGGGUACCCUGUUAAACCCAUGCCCUUCCUGUUUCUAGAUGGGUCUGAUCCCUAAGAUGGACUCUGUGCAGAACUUCUGUUCACAGAGUGAGCUGGACUCGUUCAGAAGAUUCCGCUGUGUUGGGUUGGCUGCUGAGCAGGAGACCCUGCCUGAUGUGUGUAAGGGCCUCAUCGGAAGCCUGUCGGCCCGCCUACACAAUGGAGCCAUGCGUGAGUACACCCUACACUAAACAAUAUCUUAACGUUAUCACAGUGUACACUGUAGCUAUCAGUGGCGGUCGGUGCCAUUUAAGAUGAGGGAGGACUAUUAUUUAAAAAUAUAUAUUUUAAUUGUAUUGUUUGUAAUUUUUACCUCCUUUUUCUCCCCAAUUUCAUGAUUACGAUCUUGUCUCAUCGCUGCAACUCCCCAACGGGUUCGGGAGAGGCGAAGGUUGAGUCAUGCGUCCUCCGAAACAUGACCCGCCAAGCCGCGCUUCUUAAUACCCACUCGCUUAACCCGGAAGCCAGCUUCACCAAUGUGUCGGAGGAAACACAGUUCAACUGACGACCGAAGUCAGCCUGCAGGCGCCCGGCCCGCCACAAGGAGUCGCUAGAGCGCGAUGAGCCAAGUAAAGCACCGCCAAGUAAAGCACCCCCCAGCCAAACCCUCCCCUAACCCGGACGACGCUGGGCCAAUUGUACGCCGCCCUAUCGAACCCAGGCUGUAGUGACGCCGCAACACUGUGAUGCAGUGCCUUAGACCGCUGCGCCACAAGGGAGGUCUGGACAAUUAUUUUUUUAAUGAGCGUGACCUUAUUUCUAUUACAGCAUAUUAGAUGACUGCCAUUCAUAUUCCAUUCCCCCAGCUCAAUGUAACAUCGAUAGGUUUAGGCUACUGUAAUUCUUUCUCGCAUCUAUGCACUCUCUUCCUCUCACCUUUUCCCUUCGCUUGUGGACUUCAGUGCACAACACAUCAGCUGUGUGACCAGGCGAAAGAAACCUCCAAGCCAAACUGUCAUAUCAUAACUGCUACACAUAGCCUACUGUACAUCAUUGUCACCAUAUUAGCUAACGUCAAGUCAACAUAGCUACUAGAACUAACGCGUUAGUAAACCCGCUACAAUCCUGCAGUACAGUGUACAGUUAGCAAGCAGUUUAGCAGUUACACCGGUGGGCCCCGAUUGCAAUAAAUUAAUAAAACCAAAAGCUUACUUUGACUUGGAUAAGUUCCAAUUUGGAUAGCCAUAGCCAGCUAGGAACAUAUCAUCCCUCUCUGUUUGAGCUGGGUGUUUAAGUAGGGUGCAUUGGCUAGCUAAGUAACUGAAAGUGAAAAAAAUACUAACUAUAGCUCUCUUUCUCUCUCGCUUCUUCUUCAUUUCUGAAUAAAUGUAUUUGUUCACAACUGUUCGACUAUUGUCUUUCUCUCACUUUGAGUCAACUACUCACCACAUUUUUUGCACUGCAGUGCUAGCUAGCUGUAGGUUAUGCUUUCAGUACUCGAUUCAUUCUCUGAUCUUUUGAUUGGGUGGACAACAUGUCAGUUCAUGCUGCAAAAGCUCUGAUAGGUUGGAGGACAUCCUCCGGAGGUUGUCAUAAUUACUGUGUAAGUCUAUGGAAGGGGGUGAGAACCACGAGCCUCCUCGGUUUUGUAUUGAAGUCAAUGUACCCAGAGGACGGAAACUAGCUGUCCUCCGGCUACACCAUGGUGCUUCCCCCCUACAAAGUGCUAUUGAAGCUACUGUAGAUCUUCAUUGCAAAACAGUGUGUUUUAAUCAAUUAUAUGGUUACGUGAAUAUAUUUAGUAUAGUUUUAUCUAAAAAGGAUAACUUGUUUGAUGGUCCUCCCCUUCCUCCUAUGGGGAGCUUCCACUGGUAGGUAUAUACUCAUUCUGGCAACUUAAUUUCACAAAAAAUGUUUAAUAUUAUGUUUGUGUAAUGUAUGUGAUGUGUGUGUAUAUAGUGCGUGUGUUUAAUGCCAUCACUUGUCUCCAGCUUGCAGGUGUAACCUCCAGGGCUCUCAUGGCCCCUCCUGCAGUACAUUUGGAGGGUUGUGUGAGUGCAAGCCCUAUGUGAUUGGCCGCUGCUGUGACUCCUGCGCCCCCCUGACAUUUGGUUUCGGACCCAACGGUUGCACACGUACGUCACCAUGACAAUGGCAUUCUCUGGUUACAUACCAUAAUACUGUCACCUCCAAAAUGAUUGGCACCAUUGAUAAAUAUGUGCAAAGAAGACUGUAUUAAUACAAAUACUGCGCUAUAUUGUACGCUAAAAAAAAGGGGAAAUUAUAUUAUUUUAUACUAAUACAAUUGCUCAGAGAAAAAUGUUUUGUUUAACAAAUAAUCUCAAAAAGAUGGGUGUCAAAAUUAUUGGCACCCAUAAAGAUCUCCAUUAAUAUUCUACUUUUUUAAGUGAAACUGUAUUGUGGCCUUCCAUGGCUUCCUUUAUCUCUGGGUUUAAAAAAUGUGGUAAAACGCACGUGAAAUCCAUUUAUCAUCCAUCACCAAAGAACUCACAAAUGAAAAGAGACAAACUGUUGUUGACUUUCAUAAAUCAGGCAAUUAGUACAAAAGAAAGAGCAAAAAAACAAAAAACUACUUUCCACCAUUAGGGAAAUAACCAUUGGAACAAUGGGAAAAUUGCCUGGUAGAGGACGCAAGUGUAUCUUGUCCCCACAUACAGUGAGGAAGAUGGUUUGGGAGGCAAAGAAAAAUCGAAAGGCCACAGUUUUACACAACUUGGAGUCCCAGUCUCCAAAUCUACAAUUAGACGCCAUUUCCAUGCCAAUAGGCUCUUUGAAAAGGGUUGCCUGAAAAUAAGCCUUUAUUAAGAGCAACUAAUACAUGUAAAUGCCUGUAGUUUGCUAAAUGGUAUUAGCACUUGGAUUGGAACCGGGUGAUAUGUUCAGAUAAGAUGAAAAUACAGCUCUUUGGCUACUCAAACCAGUGGUGGGUUUGGCGUCGAAAGAAGGAUGCAUGUGCAGAAAAUAAUAUCUACUGUAAAAUAUGGUGAUGGAGCUUUGAUGUUAUGGGGCUGUUUUGAUUCCAAUGGUCCUGGGGCCCUUAUUAAGGUCAACUGCAUCAUGAACUCUAAGUCUACCAAGUAACAAGACAUUUUAGCCAAUACCUGUUUGUCUCUGGUAGGAGGCUGAAACUUGGCCACAAGGGAUCUUCCAGCAAGACAUUGACCCCAAGAAAACAUCAAAAUCCACAAAUAAAUUACAUUUAAUUUAAUUAAUUGACCACAAAAUCUCAGUCUCCGGACUUGAACCCCAUUGAAAAUUUAAUAAAAUAAAAUUAAUUGACCACAAAAUCAACAUUUUGCAAUGUCCAUCUCAGUCUCCGGACUUGAACCCCAUUGAAAAUUUAAUAAAAUAAAAUUAAUUGACCACAAAAUCAACAUUUUGCAAUGUCCAUCUCAGUCUCCGGACUUGAACCCCAUUGAAAACCUGUGGUUUAAAUUGAAGAGGGCAGUCCAUUAGAGCAGAAAAAAACAUAGGGAGGAGUGGUCUAAUAUCCCUCCCAAUGUGUUCUCCAAUCUCAUAAAAAAUUAUAGAAAAGGCUCAGUGCCGUUGUCCUCGCAAGGGGAAAGUGCAAAAAGUAUUGAAAACAGGGGUGCCAAUAAUUUUGACACCUAUCUUUUUGAGAGACAAAAAUAUGACUUGUUGAACAAAAUCUGAGCAAUUGUAUUGGUAUAAAACAAUAGAAUGAUUUUGAGCAUACAAUAUAGCUCAGUGUUUGUAUUAUUUAUUUUAUAGUCUUUUUUGCUCAUCUUUAUCAAGGGUGCCAAUAAUAUUGGAGGUGACUGUAUAUACCCACAAUGUUGUUGAAAAUAUGAAAUUGUUAUUGUGUUCUGAUUGUGAUCAAACCCUCCCACCCCUCCUCCUUCAGCCUGUGAGUGUGAACCUCGUGGCGCGGUGGCGGAGCUGUGUGACCAGGUCAGGGGUCAGUGUCUGUGUCGUAUGGAGGUAGGCGGACGGCGCUGUAACCGCUGCCUGCCGGGGUACUACAGCUUUCCCCUGUGUCGGCACUGUGACUGCAACGGCCUGGCUGAACUGUGUGACCAGGACACUGGAGCCUGUCUGGACUGCAGGGAGCAUUCCACCGGAGGCAAAUGUGAGAGGUGAGGGUUCAUUCAUUCUUUCAUUCAUUUAAAAGCUGUUAUUCACAUUUCCCUAUUAGAAUCAACCCAUAUAUAUAGCUUGGUUCCAUCCUGUGUGUGCCAACUUCUCUGACUAUCAUUCUUUCUACAGUCACAGAUCUGCCAGUGUACAGCACACACAGUGUCAGUCAGAAUGUUUGAAUGUUGUGUGUUCGGUUGCUCCAGGUGUGUGGAGGGAUACUUUUGUGACCCAGUCUCCAGGGAGCCCUGUGAACCUUGUCUGUGUCCUGACACUCAGUCCAGUGGACGGUUCUUCGCUAGCACCUGCAACAAUGACCCAGAGUCUGGUAGCCUGACCUGUGACGGCCUGGCUGUACACAAAGGUGUUUUUGUGUGUUUAUGUCGGUGCAUGUGCACUCUUUUCAACAUUUUAUGAAGCUACAGUGGGGCAAAAAAGUAUUUAGUCAGCCACCAAUUGUGCAAGUUCUCCCACUUAAAAAUAUGAGAGAGGCCUGUAAUUUUCAUCAUAGGUACAUGUCAACUAUGACAGACAAAUUUUGGAGAAAAAAAUCCAGAAAAUCACAUUGUAGGAUUUUUUAUGAAUUUAUUUGCAAAUUAUGGUGGAAAAUAAGUAUUUGGUCACCUACAAACAAGCAAGAUUUCUGGCUCUCACAGACCUGUAACUUCUUCUUUAAGAGGCUCCUCUGUCCUCCACUCGUUACCUGUAUUAAUGGCACCUGUUUGAACUUGUUAUCAGUAUAAAAUGCACCUGUCCACAACCUCAAACAGUCACACUCCAAACUCCACUAUGGCCAAGACCAAAGAGCUGUCAAAGGACACCAGAAACAAAAUUGUAGACCUGCACCAGGCUGGGAAGACUGAAUCUGCAAUAGGUAAGCAGGUUUGAAGAAAUCAACUGUGGGAGCAAUUAUUAGGAAAGGGAAGACAUACAAGACCACUGAUAAUCUCCCUCGAUCUGGGGCUCCACGCAAGAUCUCACCCCGUGGGGUCAAAAUUAUCACAAGAACGGUGAGCAAAAAUCCCAGAACCACACGGGGGGACCUAGUGAAUGACCUGCAGAGAGCUGGGACCAAAGUAACAAAGCCUACCAUCAGUAACACACUACACCGCCAGGGACUCAAAUCCUGCAGUGCGAGACGUGUCCCCCUGCUUAAGCCAGUACAUGUCCAGGCCCGUCUGUAGUUUGCUAGAGUGCAUUUGGAUGAUCCAGAAGAGGAUUGGGAGAAUGUCAUAUGGUCAGAUGAAACCAAAAUAGAACUUUUUGGUAAAAACUCAACUCGUCGUGUUUGGAGGACAAAGAAUGCUGAGUUGCAUCCAAAUAACACCAUACCUACUGUGAAGCAUGGGGGUGGAAACAUCAUGCUUUGGGGCUGUUUUUCUGCAAAGGGACCAGGACGACUGAUCCGUGUAAAGGAAAGAAUGAAUGGGGCCAUGUAUCGUGAGAUUUUGAGUGAAAACCUCCUUCCAUCAGCAAGGGCAUUGAAGAUGAAACGUGGCUGGGUCUUUCAGCAUGACAAUGAUCCCAAACACACCGCCCGGGCAACGAAGGAGUGGCUUCGUAAGAAGCAUUUCAAGGUCCUGGAGUGGCCUAGCCAGUCUCCAGAUCUCAACCCCAUAGAAAAUCUUUGGAGGGAGUUGAAAGUCUGUGUUGCCCAGCGACAGCCCCAAAACAUCACUGCUCUAGAGGAGAUCUGCAUGGAGGAAUGGGCCAAAAUACCAGCAACAGUGUGUGAAAACCUUGUGAAGACUUACAGAAAACGUUUGACCUGUGUCAUUGCCAACAAAGGGUAUAUAACAAAGUAUUGAGAAACUUUUGUUAUUGACCAAAUACUUAUUUUCCACCAUAAUUUGCAAAUAAAUUCAUUAAAAAUCCUACAAUGUGAUUUUCUGGAUUUCUUUUCUCAUUUUGUCUGUCAUAGUUGACGUGUACCUAUGAUGAAAAUUACAGGCCUCUCUCAUCUUUUUAAGUGGGAGAACUUGCACAAUUGGUGGAAGAACUUGCACAACUGACUAAAUACUUUUUUUCCCCACUGUAUUUGCUAGUUUGACUGCUCACUACUGACCUUUGAUCCUCAUUUCUCUCCCUGCCCAAAUUCCAUUCAGGUCUACGCUGUGAUGCCUGCUCCGCUGGUUUCUAUGGCGACCUGACCACGCCAGGCGGCGGCUGCAAGGAGUGUCUCUGUAACAACAACAUCGACCCUGCUGACAGUGUGACAGGAGAGUGUCUGCGUUGCCUCCACAACACCCAGGGACCCCACUGUCAGAGCUGUAAGCCUGGCUACUAUGGAGAUGCAUUGGCCCAGAACUGCAAAGGUAUAGCAGGGACACACAGUAUACAAAUCAUCAUCUGGCCCAGGACUGCAAAGAGGUUAAUAUUUAUGGUGGUCAAUAAAGUGUGGGGGGGCUGUCAAUGUUUUGCCCCUAGAUGCACCACACCUCCCCAGAUAAUUCUUGCCUGCUCAAUGUGUGAUUAUUAUUAUUUUUUAACAGUAGUGCUUUGUGUUUUAUGUUGUAAUUGUCUGAAACUCUGUGUGCUGCUAUUUUGGCCAGGUCUCUAUUCAAGCAAUAAGGCACGGGGGUGUGGUAUAUGGCCAAUAUACCAUGGCUAAGGGCUGUUCUUAAGCACGACGCAACGCGGACUGGUCCCAGCUCUCUUCAGGUCAUUGACCAGGUCCUGCCGUGUAGUUCUGGGCUGAUCCCUCACCUUCCUCAUGAUCAUUGAUGCCCCACAAAUUGAGAUCUUGCAUGGAGCCCCAGACCGAGGAUGAUUGACCGUCAUCUUGAACUUCUUCCAUUUUCUAAUAAUUGUGCCAACAGUUGUUGCCUUCUCACCAUGCUGUUUGCCUAUUGUCCUGUAGCCCAUUCCAGCCUUGUGCAGGUCUACAAUUUUAUCCCUGAUGUCCUUACACAGCUCUCUGGUCUUGGCCAUUGUGGAGAGGUUGGAGUCUGUUUGAUUGAGUGUGUGGACAGGUGUCUUUUAUACAGGUAACGAGUUCAAACAGGUGCAGUUAAUACAGGUAAUGAGUGGAGAACAGGAGGGCUUCUUAAAGAAAAACUAACAGGUCUGUGAGAGCCGGAAUUCUUACUGGUUGGUUGGUGAUCAAAUACUUAUGUCAUGCAAUAAAAUGCAAAUGAAUUACUUAAAAAUCAUACAAUGUGAUUUUCUGGAUUUUUGUUUUAGAUUCCGUCUCUCACAGUUGAAGUGUACCUAUGAUAAAAAUUACAGACCUCUACAUGCUUUGUAAGUAGGAAAACCUGCAAAAUCGGCAGUGUAUCAAAUACUUGUUCUCCCCACUGUAUGUGUGUUUCACUGUCAGUAUGUUUAUGUGUGUCCCCAAGAGUGCUCCUGUGACCGGCGGAGGACGGAGGUGACCCAGUGCCCUCUGGGCAGCCCGUGUUUCUGUGACCCACUCACGGGGCAGUGCCCGUGUCGGGCGGGCGUGGUGGGCACGCUGUGUGACGAGUGUGCCGACAGCUUCUGGAACAUUCAGGGAGAGUCCGGGUGCCAACCGUGCAAAUGUGACCCUGCCGACUCCCUCAAUAACCACUGUGACAAGGCAAGGCCCCUAUACUCUGUAACACUUAAUUUUACAUACGGAUAAAUAAAGAUAUAUUCUAUACUAUUCUAUGUCAAAGCAUGGUAGACUGAGAUAUGUAUUUUCCCAUACUAUAUUGGUAAGCCUUCAUAUUUGGCUCUUCAGGUGUCUGGUCAGUACCAGUGUCGUACUGAGUUUGGAGGCAAACAGUGUGAUGAGUGUGGGGAGAAUCACUUUGGGAACCCUGACCUGCAGUGUGUCAGUAAGUUGUGGCCGAAAGUGAUUCAUUGAUGAUGGCUAAGUAUUGGGUCUUUUAGUUUCUAGCACCACAAAGAGAGACAAUGCUGUUGUGUACAGAUUUCCCUGUAAAAGAAAAAUGAUUAACACCUGUCCCUUUCCUCCCUAUCCCGUCUCCCUAGUCUGUGACUGCAUCAUGGAGGGUACCGACCGUCCUGCCUGUGACCCCUUGACAGGUGAGUGCCUGUGCCGCGUUGGUGUGAAGGGCAUCUUCUGUGACGAGUGUGCCCCCGGGUAUGACCAAGUCUUCCCCUCCUGCACCCCGUGCCACCCCUGUGCCGUCCUGUGGGUGGACAACGUCACUGACGUCCACCGUGCUGCACAGAGGAUGCGCACGGUGGCGAGCAGCUGGAGCCAGGAUACAGUAGUCAGUGGCAACGCAUGCUGGAGAUGCACUCCAAGUUGGACUAUCUGGUGAACCUGACGGGGAGAUCUCUACCUCGGGUGAAGGAUGUGGAGAAGUUCUUUGUCAGAAUCUUGUAUGUACAUUUCUGAAAGUGAUUUAUACUAUACUUUGACAGUUAUCUUGGAGCUGUAUGCAUUUUCCUUUGCUCUUUGUCCUUCCUCACAGGAAGCUCAAAGAUACCAUAGACCCCAACAGCAUCAUCAUGGACCCAACAUCUGUUCUGAACACUGAGAUUGACAACAUCCGCCGCGAGUUCAAGAUGCUGUUGGAUAACUUAAAGGACAAAAUCAGCGAGGAGCCAACAGUAGAUCCAGAGAAACUGCAGGGUACAUAUGGCCAUAUUGUUUGUUUAAAUAAUUUGUAAUUCACUUUAACUUCACUGUGUGUAUAGAGCAACUUGAUAAAAUGUAAAGUGUGAGUGUCUUAUUGUUGGGGACUGUUAUUUUGAUGCUGAUCCAGAGGCCCUGGAGGAGAUCAGGAAGCAGCAUGCAUACUUCAUGGCUGAUGAUAAGAAGGUGAAGGAGGCCAAAAGGGCCCUGGAGAACUCCAUGGACACAAGGCAGGAGGUCAACGACCAUCUGUCCAGCUGCAGCCACUUGGGAGACAUGGAGGCGCUGGAGAAGAAUGUCAAGGCUCUGAGUGUGGUAUUGGGGAUUUAUUAUUCUCCUAAAUUGAUGGGAUGACUAACUUAGAAAGAAUGCAUUCUUGACUGGGCUAAUGUAGGUUGUGACACCUGGCAGGCUGUGAUUGAUGUGAAGAGCUGUUUUAGGGGGUAAAAUUAGAUAAGGAUUGUGUCUCCAAAUGCUAGACUAUACUGGUUCUUUGUGAUCUGUGAACCUUCCUUGGACAUAGGAAUGGUGUCUAAGGGAGCUGGCUCUUCUCACUAUGACAGGUUGUUAUGAUGAACGUAUGCCUGGUAACAGAAGAGGCUGGCAACAGGGGUGCAUCAACGGAUUGGCUGAGUAAAGUUUAAACCACACUCAGUCCUUUACUCUGAUUGGCCAGCAGAGAAGUGGGAAACUUUAUCUGUCAGAGUAUUUGAGUAUUGGAUCUGAAACAAUGUGUUAGUUCUCUGGGGUGCCAUGCGAGGUAUCUCAGAGAGCCCGUAUAUACGAAACAUCAUAUUUACCAUUGAAGGUUUUUGCAUUAAUUAAAAUAACUAGUAUAUCUUAGAAGUCGUGUUGACCUCUUUUGUUCCUAAUACCAGAUUUUAAUUGACGCGACUUUGACAGUGGCCAAACUCAACAAAAACAUGGGUGUUCCUUAUUGUAGUGCUUGCACUGCAUGCAUCAAAAGACUGAUGUGUUGCGUGAAUGUCAGUCUGUUUCAAUUGUCGCCAGCACUAUGUUGAUAGUCAGCCAUGGAAAUAUUCUGAUUUAAAGGCCCAGUGCAGUCAAAAACGUGAUUUUCCUGUGUUUUAUAUGUAGGUUUGAAUAAUAUUUUGAAAUUAAUGAUAAUUCCCUUUUAGUGCAAGAACUGUUUGAAAAGACCGUCGUUUUGGCCUGCCUGGUGACAUCACCAGGUGGUAUAUUAGUUAAUAGACCAAUAAGAAAGACAGUUCCAAACCUCUCUACCAAUAACAGCUAAUUUUCAGUUUUCCCCUCCCCACUCAGACCACUCCCAGACAGUCCUAGCAAAAUUAUUGCUUGAUAAAUUGCUCUUUGCUAAGCUGUUUUUGUUUAUUUUUGACAAUUUUCAUUGAAAACAAUCACAGUAAGGUAUUUAAUUUUUACCCAGAAAUUAUUUGAUUUAUUUGACACAAGUCUCAAUCUAUCCUGUUCAGAUCAAUGAGGCCAAACAGAUGACCAAGGACACCCAUCAUCAGGCGGAGGAGAUGAAGAAGAACAUCACUGACAGCAAGGAGAUGUUUGAGAGGGAGAAGAAAGACACCAAGGACCUCAUCAAGAGGGUCAAAGACUACCUCACAGGUCAGUGUGGAGGCUAGCUGGAAAUAAGACUACCUCACAGGCCAGUGUGGAGGCUAGCUGGAAAUAAGACUACCUCACAGGUCAGUGUGGAGGCUAGCUGGAAAUAAGACUACCUCACAGGUCAGUGUGGAGGCUAGUUGGAAAUAAGACUACCUCACAGGUCAGUGUGGAGGCUAGCUGGAAAUAAGACUACCUCACACAGGUCAGUGUGGAGGCUAGCUGGAAAUAAGACUACCUCACAGGUCAGUGUGGAGGCUAGCUGGAAAUAAGACUACCUCACAGGUCAGUGUGGAGGCUAGCUGGAAAUAAGACUACCUCACAGGUCAGUGUGGAGGCUAGCUGGAAAUAAGACUACCUCACAGGUCAGUGUGGAGGCUAGCUGGAAAUAAGACUACCUCACAGGUCAGUGUGGAGGCUAGUUGGAAAUAAGACUACCUCACAGGUCAGUUUGGAGGCUAGCUGGAAAUAAGACUACCUCACAGGUCAGUGUGGAGGCUAGCUGGAAAUAAGACUACCUCACAGGUCAGUGUGGAGGCUAGCUGGAAAUAAGACUACCUCACAGGUCAGUGUGGAGGCUAGUUGGAAAUAAGACUACCUCACAGGUCAGUUUGGAGGCUAGCUGGAAAUAAGACUACCUCACAGGUCAGUGCGGAGGCUAGCUGGAAAUAAGCUUGACAUUUCCAUGCAAAGAUCCCUUAAAAAACGUACUGAUGAGAUGUUGGCACCAGAGGACAUAGAAAGGUUGGCUAAGGGUGUUCUGGCCAUCCAGUUUCCGGGCUCUCCAGACAACAUCCGCUCCAUGAUCCAGAACAUCCGGGGCGUGCUGGCCAACUUCACUGAGUUCAAGGAGGAUCUGAAAUACCUGGAGGACCAAACCAAGACAGCCCAAGACCUACUGGAGAAUGCUCUGGAUAUCAGGUUAGCCAGUACCACAUACUGAAUAUGAGUGACUGUCACAUUCUAUAAACCUUUCUGCUAAAUGACCAUAUUUGUACCAUGGUUGUCAAUGUAUUAGGGACAGAACCAAGGGUACUGAUGUUAUGGAUAUCAAGAAAGCCAUAGCGGACACUGAGAAAGCACAGGACAAGGUUGAGCAAGAUCUGGAGAAGGCUACGGAAAGCAAUGACAUGGCGGACGAGAUGAUUAAAGAGGUAAUUCUCUCUCUCUCUCUCUUUCUAUCUUUCUCACUCACUCUCUCUCUCUUUCUCCAACUCUCCCUCUCUCUCUACCCAUUCCUGCUUGUUCGUAUUUGUAUUAGUCUAAACAUCCAUCAGACAUUCAUACUCUUCAGCUCUCAGAAGAAAGUAUGUUCUUUCUCAUAACUGGGCCCCGUGUAGCUCAGUUGGUAGAGCAUGAUGCUUGCAACGCCAGGGUUGUGGGUUCAUUUCCCACGGGAGGCCAGUAUGAAAAAUGUAUGCACUCACUAACUGUAAGUCGCUCUGGAUAAGAGCGUCUGCUAAAAUGACUAAAAUGUAAAGAAAUAACUGUAUAUAUCUGUCAUGGCCCCCAGAUUGAGAAGAAACUGAACAACACAGAGACUAACUUUAACUCCACUAGACCUCCAGAGAUGCUGGAGGAGAUUGAGGCUCUGAAGAAGAAGACAGAGAUGAACAGAGAGCAGGUGGAGCAGGCCAAAGCUGAUACUAACACAGCCCUGGGUAGCGCUACUGACACAGAGAAGGUACAGUUGAAGUCAGUAGUUUACAUACACUUAGGUUGGAGUCAUUAAAACUUGUUUUUCAACCACGCCACACAUUUCUUGUUAACAAACUAUAGUUUUGGCAAGUUGGUUAGGACAUCUACUUUGUGCAUGACACAAGUAAUUUUUCCAUCAGUUGUUUACAUUUUUCACUUAUAAUUCACUGUAUCACAAUUCCAGUGGGUCAGAAAUGUACAUACACUAAGUUGACUGUGCCUUUAAACAGCUUGGAAAUUCCAGAAAAUGAUGUCAUGGCUUUAGAAGCUUCUGAUAGGCUAAUUUACAUCAUUUGAAUCAAUUGGAGGUGUACCUGUGGAUGUAUUUCAAGGGCUACCUUCAAACUCAGAGCCUCUUUGCUUGACAUCAUGGGAAAAUCAAAAGAAAUCAGCCAAGCCCUCCACAAGUCUGGUUCAUCCUUUGGAGUAAUUUCCAAACGCCUGAAGGUACCACGUUCAUCUGUACAAACAAUAGUACGCAAGUAUAAACACCAUGGGACCACGCAGCCGUCAAACCGCUCAGGAAGGAGACGCGUUCUGUCUCCUAGAGAUGAACGUACUUUGGUGCGAAAAGUGCAAAUCAAUCCCAGAACAACAGCAAAGGACCUGGUGAAGAUGCUGGAGGAAACGGGUACAAAGUAUCUAUAUCCACAGUAAAACGGGUCCUAUAUCGACGUAACCUGAAAGGCCGCUCAGCAAGGAAGAAGCCACUGUUCCAAAACCACCAAAGAAAGCCAGACUACGGUUUGCAACUGCACAUGGGGACAAAGAUCAUACUUUUUGGAGAAAUGUACUCUGGUCUGAUUAAACAAAAAUAGUACUGUUUGGCCAUAAUGACCAUCAUUAUGUUUGGAGGAAAAAGGGGGACGCUUGCAAGCCGAAGAACACCAUCCCAACCGUGAAGCACGGGGGUGGCAGCAUCAUGCUGUGGGGGUGCUUUGCUGCAGGAGGGACUGGUGCACUUCACAAAAUAGAUGGCAUCAUGAGGAAGGAAAAUGAUGUGGAUAUAUUGAAGCAACAUCUGAAGACAUCAGUCAGGAAGUUAAAGCUUGGUCGCAAAUGGGUCUUCCAAAUGGACAAUGACCCCAAGCAUACUUCCAAAGUUGUGGCAAAAUGGCUUAAGGACAACAAAGUCAAGGUAUUGGAGUGGCCAUCACAAAGCCCUGACCUCAAUCCUAUAGAAAAUGUGUGGGCAGAACUGAAAAAGCGUGUGCGAGCAAGAAGGCCUACAAACCUGACUCAGUUACACCAGCUCUGUCAGGAGGAAUGGGCCAACAUUCAUUCAACUUAUUGUGGGAAGCUUGUGGAAGGCUACCCGAAAUGUUUGUCCCAAGUUAUUCUGACAUUUCACAUUCUUAAAAUAAAGUGGUGAUCCUAACUGACCUAAAACAGGGCAUUUUUACUAGGAUUAAAUGUCAGGAAUUGUGAAAAACUGAGUUUAAAUGUAUUUGGUUAAGGUGUAUGUAAACUUCCGACUUCAACUGUAUGUUGUGUGUGUCCACUUACUAACCACAACUAACUACUCACCAACCAGUAACCACUGACCACUACUAACUACUCAACAACCAACAACCACUGACCACUACUAACUACUCACCAACCAGCAACCACUGACCCCAACUAUCUACUCACCAACCAGCAACCAUUGACCCCAACUAACUACUCACCAACCACUGACCCCUACUAAAUACUCACCAACCACUGACCACUACUAACUACUCGCCAACCAGCAACCACUGACCAGUACUAACUACUCACUGACCACUACUAACUACUCACCAACCACUGACCACUACUAACUACUAACCAACCACUGACCACUACUAACUACUCAUCAACCACUGACCACUACUAACUACUCAUCAACCACUGACCACUACUAACUACUCACCAACCACUGACCACUACUAACUACUCACCAACCACUGACCACUACUAACUACUCAUCAACCACUGACCACUACUAACUACUCACCAACCACUGACCACUACUAACUACUCACCAACCACUGACCACUACUAACUACUCAUCAACCACUGACCACUACUAACUACUCAUCAACCACUGACCACUACUAACUACUCACCAACCACUGACCCCUAUUAACUACUCACCAACCAGCAACCACUGACCACUACUAACUAUUCACCAACCACUGACCACUACUAACUACUCAUCAACCACUGACCACUACUAACUACUCGCCAACCAGCAACCACUGACCAGUACUAACUACUCACUGACCAAUACUAACUACUCACCAACCACUGACCCCUACUAACUACUCACCAACCACUGACCCCUACUAACUACUCACCAACCACUGACCACUACUAACUACUAACCAACCACUGACCACUACUAACUACUCAUCAACCACUGACCACUACUAACUACUCACCAACCACUGACCCCUAUUAACUACUCACCAACCAGCAACCACUGACCACUACUAACUAUUCACCAACCACUGACCACUACUAACUACUCAUCAACCACUGACCACUACUAACUAUUCAUCAACCACUGACCACUACUAACCAACCACUGACCACUACUAACUACUCAUCAACCACUGACCACUACUAACUACUCACCAACCACUGACCACUACUAACUACUCAUCAACCACUGACCACUACUAACUACUAACCAACCAGCAACCAAUGACCACUACUAACUACUCACUAACCACUGACCACUACUAACUACUCACCAACCAGCAACCACUGACCACUACUAACUACUCACCAACCAGCUUACCACUUACUUAUUUACAAUCUCACUUUGGUACUACGUGGUGAUACUGUGAGUAUAAAACUAAGUAGGUAUGAGUUUUAGUUUUUCUCUGACUUAUUUGCCAGAAGCUUGAAAAGGUGACAGAGCUGUUUGAUAAGCUAAAGGAGGGAAACACAAACCAGGACAGUAAUGAAGUGGUCAUCGAACGCCUAAAGAACAUUACUAUGGAGGCAGAGAAAAUCACAAAAUAUGUUCAAGAUAAAAUUCAACAAAUUGGCGAUAAGUCUGAGACCUUAAUGGGGCAAUCUAAAAUUGGUCAUUUAGCAGACACUCUUAUCCAGAGCGACUUACAUUUAGUGAGUGCAUACAUUUUACUUCACUACAUUCCUAAAGAAAAUAAUGUACUUUUUACUCCAUCCAUUUUCUCUGUAUCCAAAAUUACUCAUUACAUUUUAAUGCUUAGCAGGACAGUCAAAUGUUUCCAAUUCACGCGCUUAUCAAGAGAAAAUCCCUGGUCAUCCCUACCGCCUCUGAUCUGGCAGACUCAGUAAAUACACAUGCUUCGUUUGUAAAUGAUGUCUGAGUGUUGGAGUGUGCCCUUGGCUUUCCCUAAAUAACAAAUUAUUUUAAAAAAUGGAACCAUCUGGUUUGCACAAUAUAAAAGAUUUGAAAUGAUUUUUACUUUUGAUACUUAAGUAUAUUUUAGCAAUUACAUUUACUUUUGAUACUUGAGUAUAUUUAAAUCCAAAUACUUUUAGACUUUUACUCCAGUAUUUUACUGGGUGACUUUCACUUUUACUUGAGUCAUUUUCUAUUAAGGUAUCUUUACUUUUACUCAAGUGUGACAAUUGGGUACUCUGUCAAUUCAAGAGAUUUAAAUUACAUUCAUGCAUAGAUCAAAUUCUCAAUGAAAGAUAUGGGUAAUGGAAUUGACCCCAAACCCUGACCAGUAGUAGUCAAAUAAGUUAAUUGCUAUAAUAAUUAUCUGAUCUUGUAUGUGCCAAAUGGCAUGGAUAUGUAUUUAUUUUUACAUAUUUAACUUUUAUUUCAUUUAUUCUGUUUAUUUAAUUCACUUAUUGAAGACAUGCUUAAAAGGGUCUGUGUUUGGAACCUGUUCCUACUCUGAUGUCAUGUCAAACAUGGGUUCUCUCAGGUUCUAGGUUGUAUUGUGUAAAAUGAAUUUCCUCACAUACAGUUUAUUGCAGCUAGACUGGGAAAGUCCCUUCUCUUUCCUCUCUACCUUUCGAGUUUUGCAACUGAAUUUAAGAAUGUAGUUUUCCUAAUCCUCCACAUGGGGGCAUGUGGUGAUCAUAAAACUGACGGAGUUGAGCACGAAGCCCCUCCUUACUAUUUUGUGAUAUGUAUUAUUAUGUUUCAAGCUGACCUAAUUAUCUGCUUACAUGAUCGUUGAUGUUAAAAAGAGGUAAAAGCUUUUAUGGGAACCUUUUUCAGGUUUCAAGUUAUUCUACCUCUAACUUUUUUUCCAAUCCUUUUCCCAUUUGUACCCUGGUCUCUGGUGGAAGUAGAUCUCUUUGUAAGAUUUGGCUGUUAUUUUGUGAAACUGUGUAAUACUGAAUUGGCCUAGUAUAUACAUAGCUUGUUAUUGGCCUGAAACAAUAUUUCCCUCAGCCUAGCUGGAGAUGUGAUGAGAUUAAACACACUAUCAGGUUUGGAAUGGGUCCCUGCUGGGUUUGGAAUGCGGCCAUUUGUCACAACUCUGGCGCCGGAAUGUUCACUCUCUCUUGCCUUUUGUACAUUAAAUGUACAUUGCCCAUUUAGAAUUGACUUGUAAAAUCCUAGAUGUCUGUUGCUUUAAACUCCAGCAUACACUUUCAGACUCUUGCUACCUCUCUCUCUCUCUGUCAUUCAUUCUCUCUCUCUCUCGCACUCUCUCAAUACCUCUCUUUCUUUCUCUACCUUUCUACCUCUCACUCUGUCUUUCUCUCUCUCUCUCUGUCAUUCUCUCUCUCUCUCACACUCUCUCACUACCUCUCUUUCUUUCUCUACCUUUCUACCUCUCUCUCUGUCUUUCUCUCUCUCUCUCUCUGUCAUUCAUUCUCUCUCUCUCGCACUCUCUCACUACCUCUCUUUCUUUCUCUACCUUUCUACCUCUCUCUCUGUCUCUCUCUCUCUCUCUCUCUUGCACUCUCUCUCUCUUUCUUUCUCUCUCUCUCUACCUCACUACCUCUCUUUCCAGGUCACUGCCCAUUCUAGUUGUGGGGAGAACACACACCACUUACUUCUCAUGUACUUUCCAUCCAGCCGUUAAUGUUUACGUUCCAUCCAGCCGUUAAUGGUUAAGUUCCAUGUUUGUUUCGCUUCAGUAAGACUUUGUGCUCAAUACAAUUGAACCAAGUUAGCAGCCUUUAUAUCCAGGUCCUAGAUCUGCAUAUGCUUGUGCCAACUCUUCUAUCAGACUAAUAACACGACAGAGAGGAGUUGGCUAACAAAGCAUAAACGGAUCUGAAGCCAGUCUGCAGUUUUUUCAUCGGUAGCAUUGAAUGAUGCUUCUCACAAAAGUCAAAUGAAGUUGAAGAAUGGUUGUAUCAAUGAGGUACAUCACAGGUAGAUGGAUAUAUUUUAUUCAAAAUAAAUAUAUGGAUAGAAGUUGAACAAUUUCCAGGUCUAUUGUUUGCUCUAAUCCUAUAGUGACUCUUGGGGGUGAGUUCCAUCUCAUACCCCCCAGGGGAGAGUUAGCCCACUCACCCCUAAGCAUGUGUCUUAGACUGGGGUCUGAAUUCCCUCCCUGCCCCCUGGUCGUGUUUUUAGACAUGAGGAAUUCACAGACCACUAAUGGCUCUGCCUAAUUGCAGGUUGCCACUGAUCCACUGCAUUUAAGAUUAGAGGAAAUAUCACCAGUGAUGCAGCUAAUUACAGAAGAAGGAGAUGAUUAUUUGAGAACCUUUUUUAACCUUUGUGGUUUUUGGUUGCGUCUGUCUGUUCUUGAAUGGACAGAUUGUGGUAUUUCUUGCCUGUCUGUUGUAUUUCUUAUCAUGCAUUAUUAGGAAUUAAUUCAGAAUGAGAUUUAGAUGUCACUGUAUUAGCCUAAUGUAAUGAAGACUUUAUCUUUGCAAGUGAGACCCCUUUUCUGUGUUUUAGGAUUAAUCUUGAUGUUAUUUUCAGCAGUAAACCAAGGAAUGGUUCUUGAAUACCACAAGUCAUGUCUUUCUUUCUUCAAUAUGCUCAGUGACUGUGAACAUAGUAUAGUUUCUCGGACUCAAAAACCUCAUUGAAUCUGUUCCUACAGUCGCCCUCUUGUCUUUUCAAAGAUAAUUGAAUUAGAACUGCCACCCUGUUUCUCCUCCAGCUAUGGUUGGAGCUGCUGCUGCUGCCACACACACACACACACACACACACAGUGACAUAUAAUUAAGGUUGUAGCUUCUUCACUGUAGGUGAUAGUUUAGUGUUUGGGUAAUCUGUGAUUACCAACAACUGUACAGGAAAGUUUUAAAUUCCAAUAAUAGGGCAAGACUUAACAGAACAUGAUUUGGAGUUCCACUUGGCGCAGGGGAAACACUGUUCAAGGCUCUCUUAACCUCAUUUCUCUUCAGUACAGUAAAUUAGUAGUAUGGCUUCAGUAACUAUAGUAUCCCUGCUUUACCUGUGCCUAGGGACAUAUAGGGCAGCUUCCUGCCUUUAGUGGAGGAAUGUCCUUUGUUCUAGAUGAGUAGGUCUAGGUGGGGGUUGGUAUCUGAGAGAGAAGACCUUUACAAUCCCAUCAAAUGUGUGAGUUUGAACUUUCUCUCAAUGUGAGCAGAGUGAGAUGCUGUCAACAUGAUCCUUCUGCUCCAAAUAAUCUGACACAUUUUAGAUAGAUACAGGUAAUGAUUGAUCUAUUAUGUAAUUGGUAGUCAAACUGUACAAGUUAGUUGAUGAGCAUUUGUAGCUGCUGGUUGUAGGACUUUACUGGAUUUAUCCAAUAGAGGCUUUGGGGGAGGGCGAGAUACACCCUGUGCGCAUGCUUGAGGAGAGAGGGACAGAGAAAAAAAAACUCAGUUUUCUCAGUUGUUGAGUGGAGCAGUCAGUGGGGUAGCAGGCCAAGAAAAAGCGUGAGGAGCAAAUCGCUACCAUAAGGAACCGCACACAGUCCCACGGAGAGGAAGCGCAACAGCAGAUAAAAGGUGGAAAUAUCAACAGAAAUGUUGAUAUUUCAAAUGGCGACCCUGCUAUGUAAGUUUAUUAUUUUUAACAUUUUGAAAUGUUUUCUGUAGAACGGAUAUCCAACAUUGAGGUAACUGAAAGUGCAUAAUGAUAAACUUUGCAUGUAGCCUAAUGAAGAAAAUACAAUUAGUUAUAUUUAUAGGGAUAUUAGUUCUAAAAGUUGAAAUAGUCAACGUUUCGUAGGCUAAUUUCAUUCAUCAUAUGUGGAGUUGUUUGUAAUUUUUGUUUGACUAUGACACAUAUUGUUCUUGUUAUAAACUCGGCAUGAAACAAUUAAAGAACUUCAUGUGGCAUUAAUAUAAAUCAAAGACCCAUGGAAAUGGUAGGCUUAUAUCCUGUUUUUCAGAUUGUGUUUUCGACUAUAAAGUUCAUUUUUAUUAUGGAGGCCUAUCCUAGUUUUAAAAGUUUUACGAACAGGGAGACCAAAGUUCUGAGCACUUUUCGUUAGUAUUUUAUUCUAAUACUUAGGCAAUUUGAUCUAAUAGCCUAAUUAUCUUUGAUAUUUUGUACAAUAAAACAUCACUCCACAACCUGUAUUGGAUAAAUCCCAUUGUUCAAUAUUGCCUCUUCUUUGUGUAGCCGCAGGGGCGUGCGUCCUUGCCCAGGUACCAGAGUUCAGCGAUGUGUGCACGGAGGGGAGCUGCUACCCCGCCACGGGAGACCUUCUCAUCGGCAGAGCCCACCAACUCUCCGCCAACUCCACAUGCGGCCUCCACCGGCCCGAGCCGUUCUGUAUCGUCAGUCAUUUACAGGUAAAUGCUUCUGGCACAAGUACAGAGCACAUUUGCACUAGGCCCAUGUGUUAUUAUAGGCCUAUAGACUUCAUUAACUAUCACACAAAUAUUGUUAUGCCAAGUUGACAACAGUGCAAUCAAUGAUCAAGGUGGUGCUGCUAUCAAUAUGAUUCGUUAUUAUUUCAGUGGCAGGAGUGCGUAAAAGUACCGAUAUUCAAUAUUCACGAUAAGCAGAGGAUUUGUUGUGCCUCUGGGCAAGUCUCUCGUUCAUGCCUGUAGUAGCGAGGUAGAUAAGCAAUACAUAGAUAGGCGCCAUAAUAAAGCAUUCCUGGAAUUGCUAACCUGAGGGUGUUUGUUCUUGGAAAUGGGAAAGAUAGUUUUGACCUUGUGAAAAUUUGUGUUGAGAAUAAAAUGGUGCUAUAUUCAUUGUCUUGCAUGCCUGGAGGGGGAUUCCUUUCCCAAGUAGUCUAGGCUACUGCUAAACAAAGUAACAAAGUGCAAAGAGGCACAAAACAAGCUAUGAGGUUAACUCAUAAUUAAACAUUAAUUACAGUAUCACAUAUUAAAUGAUAACAUUGUUUCAUUUCCUCAGUAAGAAAGAUCCACUAUUUAUUUUAAUGGGGAAUAAAUGCAUGCUCAAAAUUAAAAUGAUCUUGCCUUUGGCAAUUUGGCUUUCAGAUUUCAUAAUAACUACUGUAAGGUUUACAGUCAAUCCCUUGUCUGUUGGGGGUGGAAUAUAUACAUGGGAUAUAUUCCAAAUAUCCCUUGGGCUUUUAUUGUCAAUACAAGGACUUCCUUUCACAUAUUUUUUAUUAAACUCCUGCUUUCUCAAUGUGAGCGUAGGAGUGGGAAAGAUCUUUAGGAUUUGGGAAGGAUUGGUUUAGGAGUCACACGACCCUCUGAGUUGUCUAGACUGCUUCCUGGAUCACAGAAUCAUUCUAGAAGCGUUAUUAAGGUUCAGACCAACAAUGACUUCAAUGACUUGAAAGUGGCUGUGCCAGCAGCUUGGAUGCAUGGGGGCUCAUUGUACUGACACAGACAUUCCGUGGUUAAAGAUAUCCAAACUCUCAAACAACCUUCUCUUGGACACUUGAGUAGCCACCAUCAAAUACUUUUGCCCCUUACAUGAAAAUAAAUGUUUGCCUUGCUUGAGACAUCAUCCUGUUUGAUCAGUAUCCACCUAAAUCAAAUGUACUAGAAAUGGCUGAUUCUUGUUCUCCACCACCUUAACUGUAGAUUAUUUGUGAAUACUUCUAUGAUGUGUUGAGCAUCUAUUUAAAGCAGGGGUGUCAAAUUCAUUCCAUGGAGGGCCGAGUGUCUGCAGGUUUGAGUUUUUACCUUUCAAUUAAGCCCUAGACAACCAGGUGUGGGGAGUUCCUUACUAAUCAGUGAACUUAAUUCAUCAAUCAAGUACAUGGGAGGAGCGAAAACCCGCAGACACUCGGCCCUCCGUGGAAUGAGUUUGAUACAUGUGAUUUAAAGUAUGUUAUGCCCUGAGCAUGCAAACGUUUUAAGAUGGAAAUCUAAUCUAAUACAAUUAAUUUAAUUUAUGUCACCACUGAAGGAGAGAGAAACCAGAUCGUGUCAGUGAAAGACGUGAUCCAACAGGGUUACAUUUCUUAUCAAACAAAUAUCUAUGUACUGAAAUUAAAAUCUAAGUGUGUGGCUGUGGGCACACUUCUGUUGCAUGGUCUGGAUGUAUAGAAUGUUUACAAUCUUGUAAAGUUGUUUUCUUGUCAAGUGAAGUGGUGAAAAGACGUUGGAAGGACAUCCAGAUGGUGCUGAAUUUGAACCCUUGAGCAUGUGUACACAUUCACACACACACACACACACACACAAGCACACAUAGUGUGUUUUCUGAACAUCUGGUGGCCAAAUGAAGCCUGCGUUGUCAGCAACCUACGGUAAGCCUUCACUGAUGAGAGUGAGACCAGGGCAAAACAGACUCCUCCUUUUAAAAUAGUUAAAGCCCUAUUUGGCUCAAUCACUACUUUCAGCAUCUAUAUCUGCUCUUGAUAAAAGACCCAAUUUCAACGACUUCUGUAUGAAAGGGCUCUUCAAAGAUGUUCAUUAUGUGUACCCUUCGCUGAUUGGGAGAAAUCUGCUUGGUAUCCCAAAAAUCCCACAGACAAUUUAAUCUCUCUCCCUUUCUCCCAAUCUUCACGGUCUCUUCAGGAGGAGAAGAAAUGCUUUGUGUGUGACUCCACCGACGUCUAUGUCAAAAGUGUGGUGAAUGCCACCACCGGCCACCGGGUGGAGAAUGUCGUGACCACAUUCGCCCCCAACCGCCUGAAAACCUGGUGGCAGUCAGAGAAUGGUGAGUUCUCGUGGGGAAAAAAUUGUGGACGGCUAGUAAGCAGACUAGUUCAAUUAAAGGUGACUCUAUCUUCCUUUCCCCCCUCUCGGUAUAUUUUCACCCUCCAAUCCCUUAGCUAACCCCUUUAAUCAAUGUGAGGGGAGACAUCAAAGAGAAAGCAGUAAUGGCUGACUAAGACGAUGACCAGUCUGUCAACUUUGGAAUGACAGGAUUAACCCAUGGGGAAUGAUUACCUAGGUGGCUGUUAGAUGAGGCUGGGUUACACCCUGUGUACACCAUGUAUGCAGGGUUCCCCAACUGGCAGCCCGUGGGCCGAAUUUGUCCCGCGGGUGGCUUUAUUUGGCCCCCCAAGUUUUCUGAGCAAAAUAAUAUAUACAGUGGGGAGAACAAGUAUUUGAUACACUGCCGGUUUUGCAGGUUUUCCUACUUACAAAGCAUGUAGAGGUCUGUAAUUUUUAUCAUAGGUACACAUCAACUGUGAGAGACGGAAUCUAAAACAAAAAUCCAGAAAAUCACAUUGUAUGAUUUUUAAGUAAUUAAUUUGCAUUUUAUUGCAUGACAUACAGUGGGGAGAACAAGUAUUUGAUACACUGCCGAUAUUGCAGGUUUUCCUACUUACAAAGCAUGUAGAGGUCUGUAAUAUUUAUCAUAGGUACACUUCAACUGUGAGAGACGGAAUCUAAAACAAAAAUCCAGAAAAUCACAUUGUAUGAUUUUUAAGUAAUUAAUUUGCAUUUUAUUGCAUGACAUACAGUGGGGAGAACAAGUAUUUGAUACACUGCCGAUAUUGCAGGUUUUCCUACUUACAAAGCAUGUAGAGGUCUGUAAUAUUUAUCAUAGGUACACUUCAACUGUGAGAGACGGAAUCUAAAACAAAAAUCCAGAAAAUCACAUUGUAUGAUUUUUAAGUAAUUAAUUUGUAUUUUAUUGCAUGACAUAAGUAUUUGAUACAUCAGAAAUGCAGAACUUUAUAUUUGGUACAGAAACCUUUGUUUGCAAUUACAGAGAUCCUACGUUUCCUGUAGGUCUUGACCAGGUUUGCACACACUGCAGCACGGAUUUUGGCCCACUCCUCCAUACAGACCUUCUCCAGAUCCUUCAGGUUUCGGGGCUGUCGCUGGGCAAUACGGACUUUCAGCUCCCUCCAAAGAUUUUCUAUUGGGUUCUGGUCUGGAGACUGGCUAGGCCACUCCAGGACCUUGAGAUGCUUCUUACGGAGCCACUCCUUAGUUGCCCUGGCUGUGUGUUUCGGGUCGUUGUCAUGCUGGAAGACCCAGUCACGACCCAUCUUCAAUGCUCUUACUGAGGGAAGGAGGUUGUAGGCCAAGAUCUCGCGAUACAUGGCCCCAUCCAUCCUUCCCUCAAUACGGUGCAGUCGUCCUGUCCCCUUUGCAGAAAAGCAACCCCAAAGAAUGAUGUUUCCACCUGCAUGCUUCACGGUUGGGAUGGUGUUCUUGGGGUUGUACUCAUCCUUCUUCUUCCUCCGAACACGGCGAGUGGAGUUUAGACCAAAAAGCUCUAUUUUUGUCUCAUCAGACCACAUGACCUUCUCCCAUUCCUCCUCUGGAACAUCCAGAUGGUCAUUGGCAAACUUCAGACGGGCCUGGACAUGCGCUGGCUUGAGCAGGGGGACCUUGCAUGCGCUGCAGGAUUUUAAUCCAUGACGGCGUAGUGUGUUACUAAUGGUUUUCUUUGAGACUGUGGUCCCAGCUCUCUUCAGGUCAUUGACCAGGUCCUGCCGUGUAGUUCUGGGCUGAUCCCUCACCUUCCUCUAUGAUCAUUGAUGCCCCACGAGGUAAGCUCUUGCAUGGAGCCCCAGACCGAGGGUGAUUGACCGUCAUCUUGAACUUCUUCCAUUUUCUAAUAAUUGCGCCAACAGUUGUUGCCUUCUCACCAUGCUGUUUGCCUAUUGUCCUGUAGCCCAUCCCAGCCUUGUGCAGGUCUACAAUUGUAUCCCUGAUGUCCUUACACGGCUCUCUGGUCUUGGCCAUUGUGGAGAGGUUGGAGUCUGUUUGAUUGAGUGUGUGGACAGGUGUCUUUUAUACAGGUAACGAGUUCAAACAGGUGCAGUUAAUACAGGUAAUGAGUGGAGAACAGGAGGGACAUACAAGACCACUGAAAAAUCCCAGAACCACACGGGGGGACCUAGUGAAUGACCUGCAGAGAGCUGGGACCAAAGUAACAAAGCCUACCAUCAGUAACACACUACGCCGCCAGGGACUCAAAUCCUGCAGUGCCAGACGUGUCCCCCUGCUUAAGCCAGUAAAUAAUAAUAAUAAUAAUAUGCCAUUUAGCAGACGCUUUUAUCCAAAGCGACUUACAGUCAUGCGUGCAUACAUUUUUUUUUUUUGUUCUUUUUUUUUUUUGUGUAUGGGUGGUCCCGGGGAUCGAACCCACUACCUUGGCGUUACAAGCGCCGUGCUCUACCAGCUGAGCUACAGAGGACCACAGUACAUGUCCAGGCCCGUCUGAAGUUUGCUGGAGUGCAUUUGGAUGAUCCAGAAGAGGAUUGGAGAAUGUCAUAUGGUCAGAUGAAACCAAAAUAGUUUUGGUAAAAACUCAACUCGUCGUGUUUGGAGGACAAAGAAUGCUGAGUUGCAUCCAAAGAACACCAUACCUACUGUGAAGCAUAGGGGGUGGAAACAUCAUGCUUUGGGGCUGUUUUUCUGCAAAGGGACCAGGACGACUGAUCCGUGUAAAGGAAAGAAUGAAUGGGGCCAUGUAUCAUGAGAUUUUGAGUGAAAACCUCCCAUCAGCAAGGGCAUUGAAGAUGAAACGUGGCUGGGUCUUUCAGCAUGACAAUGAUCCCAAACACACCGCCCGGGCAACGAAGGAGUGGCUUCGUAAUAAGCAUUUCAAGGUCCUGGAGUGGCCUAGCCAGUCUCCAGAUCUCAACUCCAUAAAAAAUCUUUGGAGGGAGUUGAAAGUCUGUGUUGCCCAGCGACAGCCCCAAAACAUCACUGCUCUAGAGGAGAUCUGCAUGGAGGAAUGGGCCAAAAUACCAGCAGCAGUGUGUGAAAACCUUGUGAAGACUUACAGAAAACGUUUGACCUGUGUCAUUGCCAACAAAGGGUAUAUAACAAAGUAUUGAGAAACUUUUGUUAUUGACCAAAUACUUAUUUUCCACCAUAAUUUGCAAAUAAAUUCAUUAAAAAUCCUAUAAUGUGAUUUUCUGGAAUUGUUUUCCUCAUUUUGUCUGUCAUAGUUGACGUGUACCUAUGAUGAAAAUUACAGGCCUCUCAUCUUUUUAAGUGGGAGAACUUGCACAAUUGGUGGCUGACUAAAUACAUUUUCCCCCACUGUAUAUAUAGAGAUUUUUUUUUAUUGUUGGACAUAAUAGACUAAAAACACCAGGAAAUCAGCUCCAAGUAAUUUUAAUUUAAGAAAUCUGUUCCCAAGUAUUCCCACGCAUAAUAGAGAGAAACAUGUGAUCGUAUACAAAUAUAAGCAAGGUUUGAAAUGAUGUUUUAGUCAAACAUUACACUCCUGAGUGGCGCAGUGGUCUAAGGCACUGCAUCGCAGUGCUAACUGUGCCACUAGAGAUCCUGGUUCGAAUCCAGGCUCUGUCGCAGCCGGCCGCGACCGGGAGACUCAUGGGCGGCGCACAUUGGCCCAGCGUCGUCCAGGGUAGGGGAGGGAAUGGCCGGCAGGGAUGUAGCUUAGUUGAUAGAGCAUGGCGUUUGCAACGCCAGGGUUGUGGGUUCGAUUCCCACGGGGGGCCAGUAUAAAAAAAAUAUGUAUUCACUAACUGUAAGUCGCUCUGGAUAAGAGCGUCUGCUAAAUGACUAAAAAUGUAUCUGUUUGGGCUUCUUGAGGUCAAUUUGCCAUCUACAAAUUAUUUGUAAUUAUGUUCCCGACCAUCCGCUCAAAAAAAUAUCGGCCCACAUCUGAAUCUAGUUGAUGAUCCCUGAAGUAAUGGAUGUUAAUAAGAGAGUUUUCACUUCUUACCAUGUCAUAUGUGAGCAUAUUGGCUUUGAAGAGUUUUGAACAUGGGGUAUUCAACUGGGGGUACGCUAAAAAUAAUAAAAAUAAUAAUAUACAGUUGAAGUCGGAAGUUUACAUACACUUAGGUUGGAGUCAUUAAAACUUGUUUUUCAACCACUCCACACAUUUCUUGUUAACCAACAACAGUUUUGGCAAGUCGGUUAGGACAUCUACUUUGUGCAUGACACAAGUAAUUUUUCAAUAAUUGUUUACAGACUGAUUAUUUCACUUAUAAUUCACUGUAUCACAAUUCCAGUGGGUCAGAAGUUUACAUACACUAAGUUGACUGUGCCUUUAAACAGCUUGGAAAAUUCCAGAAAAUUAUGUCAUGGCUUUAGAAGCUUCUGAUAGGCUAAUUGACAUCAUUUGAGUCAAUUGGAGGUGUACCUGUGGAUGUAUUUCAAGGCCUACCUUCAAACUCAGUGCCUGUUUGCUUGACAUCAUGGGAAAAUCAAAAGAAAUCAGCCAAGACCUCCACAAGUCUGGUUCAUCCUUGGGAGCAAUUUCUAAACGCCUGAAGGUACCACGUUCAUCUGUACAAACAAUAGUACGCAAGUAUUAACACCAUGGGACCGCGCAGCCGUCAUACCGCUCAGGAAGGAGACGCAUUCUGUCUUCUAGAGAUGAACGUACUUUGGUGCGAAAAGUGCAAAUCAAUCCCAGAACAACAGCAAAGGACCUUGUGAAGAUGCUGGAGGAAACAGGUACAAAAGUAUCUAUAUCCACAGUAAAACGAGUCCUAUAUCGACAUAACCUGAAAGGCCGCUCAGCAAGGAAGAAGCCACUGCUCCAAAACCACCAUAAAAAAGCCAGACUACGGUUUGCAACUGCACAUGGGGACAAAGAUCGUACUUUUUGGAGAAAUGUCCUCUGGGCUGAUGAAACAAAAAUAUAACUGUUUGGCCAUAAUGACCAUCGUUAUGUUUGGAGGAAAAAGUGGGUGCUUGCAAGCCGAAUUACACCAUCCCAACUGUGAAGCACGGGUGGCAGCAUCAUGCUGUGGGGGUGCUUUGCUGCAGGAGGGACUGGUGCACUUCACAAAAUAGAUGGCAUCAUGAGGAAGGAAAAUUAUGUGGAUAUAUUGAAGCAACAUCUGAAGACAUCAGUCAGGAAGUUAAAGCUUGGUCGCAAAUGGGUUUUCCAAAUGGACAUUGACCCCAAGCAUACUUCCAAAGUUGUGGCAAAAUGGCUUAAGGACAACAAAGUCAAGGUAUUGGAGUGGCCAUCACAAAGCCCUGACCUCAAUUCUAUAGAAAUAUGUGUGCAGAACUGAAAAAGCGUGUGCGAGCAAGGAGUCCUACAAACCUGACUCAGUUACACCAGCUCUGUCAGGAGGAAUGGGCCAAAAUUCACCCAACUUAUUGUGGGAAGCUUGUGGAAGGCUACCAGAAACGUUUGACCCAAGUUAAACAAUUUAAAGGCAAUGCUACCAAAUACUAAUUGAGUGUAUGUAAACUUCUGACCCACUUGGAAUGUGAUGAAAUAAACAAAAGCUGAAAUAAAUCAUUCUCUCUACUAUUAUUCUGACAUUUCACAUUCUUAAAAUAAAGUGGUGAUCCUAACUGACCUAAGGCAGGGAAUUUUUACUGGGAUUAAAUGUCAGGAAUUGUGAAAAACUGAGUUUAAAUGUAUUUGGCAAAGGUGUAUGUAAACUUUCGACUUCAACUGUAUAUACUGUAUAUGGGGGUUUCCCUCACAAUGUUUUUAUUAAUAUUGCUAGCAAAAACAGAAAAAAAUCAUUUCAAAUUACAUACAGUAGAAAAUACAUAUCUUCUUUCUAAUGAUGUCAACUUUAUUUCUCAACUCUUAAUAUUGAGCAAAUUACUCUCAUUGGAGCUAAUUACAGUAUCUGACAUAGGCUUAGAAAAAGCACCUGCGAAUAGUCUACCAGUGUGGCAAGUGCCGCUGUCUGCUGGAAAACUUUCCUAAUUUGGACAUACAUUUUUGCCAACACAUGGCUAACCUUUGUUUAAACAGCUGCUUUUAGCGAAAAUGUGUUUGGAGUUACCUUUCUAACUAAUAGGCUAUGUUAGAGUUUACACUUCCUCUUCCAAUUAUAAUGUAGGGAGGUAAAAAUUAUGAAAAACUAUCUACCAAAUCUAUUCGUUUCAAAAUGUUGACUACUUCUCCUUACCAUUAUCAUUCACCUGAUGAAAUGACAAAACAUGUGCAAAAAAAUGUUUUGCUAACAUAUGAUGGGGGUACCUGGGUCGCCAGUUUGCCUGGGAGGGUGUCCCUCGGCAAGAACAGGUUGAAGACCCCUGGUUUUGAAGCAUUGUUAAUGAUUACUAGGAGGCCAAAAGCAUUGAAAUCGUCCCCAACUUAGAUACAAAUUCAGCUAUCCCAAGUGCAUCUUGCCUUGAAAGAGUUAACUCCCAAAAAGUGCUGCAAGGUUAUUAGAUUCAGAAAGUAAUCUGAUAGGAGUUUGGGGAGGUUUAGCCGAGGAAAAAGCGGUGGGAAUAUUUCUCCGGAAGAGCAGGAAGGAGGUUAAUAUUCACUAGUGGAGCAGCCAACUCCACAGAUGGGCCUGGGAAAAGAGACAGGGAAUUUCCAUUCAUAAUCCAGACUAUAUUGUACUAGAUCCUAUAGAUCCACUCUAUUACAACACAGUCCCAGUAGACCCCAGCUCAAAGCACAACCCCUCUUACUACCUUUUCGAACGGCCUUCUCCUCGAAAGCUGUGCAAGACCAUCGCCCAAGAACAGCCAGAUCCUACUACAUUUGUUUUGUUAAAUUGUAUUUUGUUUGUUUUGUUUUUAAAGCGACUUUGAGAUUCUACUUGUAAUGGAAAAGCGCUAUAUAAAAUAAAUUUAUUAUUAUUAUUACAAUUAUAAUUAUUAUAAGCACAGAUGAGGUUCCCCCAAAACUAAUGUAAAACUGACACCUAACUGUCCCAUUCUACAAUAUAAGAUGGGGAGGGGAACGCAUUAGUGCUUAGUUGCUGAACUGGGUGUUGUUGUUAAAGUAACGCAUGAAUUUCAUUUAGUCUAAUGAUGAGUUUCAACAUUUUCUCUUGUUAUACAUCGUUGCAUAUUGAUAAGUGGUGGCUUGUUAAACAAUAAACAUAGCCUAUUAAUAUUAGUUUCACCAAAGAAAUGGGGAGAUUUGAAACGGUUACGUUGUUAUUUGCUGCUUAACUGCCCAGCAGCUAUGCGUAAAACCCACUGCCCCAUUUUGUGGCGAAGAAGAUGGAUGUCAGGAAUCAGAAGGGCAGCCAUGAGCUUUAUAUCAUAGAACAGAACCAACCAUGAUAAGACUAUGGAGGGAGAGGUGAAGAGUUAAUGCAUGUUUUCUGGUCCAGAAUAAGAACUGUGAAGAGUGGAUAAGUGUCAUGUAGAGUUAACCAUUCCAGCUUGUGUUAUGCUUGGCUCCAGUGGAACCAUGUAUGUACACUCAUGUUUUUGUUUCUCUCUCUCCACCCUCUCUGACUUCAUCACUUUUUUAAAAAUGUAAUUCUUCCCUUGCCUUUUGAACCUCUCUUUUUGCUCUGUCCCCUCUCUCUCUCUCCUUUUUUCAUUUGUUUUCUCUUUCCCUCUUCCCUUUCCCCCGCUUCCUCCUUCUCUCCCUAGGUCUUGAGAAAGUGACCAUCCAGCUGAACUUGGAGGCAGAGUUUCAUUUCACCCACCUCAUCAUGACCUUCAAGGUAACCAAUGGGGAGGCCGGGUCAGAGGGCUCAAUGUGGGGGAGCGUGGGUAGUGUGUAAGGGGAUGCUGGCUGGACCGUCUACUCUGCAGAUUAUCACAAGGCUCGGCCUCUUGGGAGAUCUACCACACACACAUUUACAUUUUAGUCAUUUAGCAGACGCUCUUAUCCAGAGUUCGAUUCCCCCCCGUGGGAAUCGAACCCACAACCCUGGCGUUGCAAACACCAUGCUCUACCAACUGAGCUACAUCCCUGCUGGCCAUUCCCUCCCCUACCCUGGGCCAAUUGUGCGCCGCCCCAUGGGUCUCCGUCGCGGCCGGCUACAACAGAGCCUGGAUUCGAACCAGGAUCUCUAGUGGCACAGCUAGCACUGCGAUGAAGUGCCUUAGACCACUGCGCCACUCGGGACACACGCAGUGCACACACACAAACACACACACACACACCUCCCCAGCUGUGUGUGAGCCUGAGGAAUGGAGAACAGACCGCCCAACCGUCUGGGAUUGUUCGCUCCACACAGAUCUGGCCUGUAUCACUUUACUCACAAUUGCAGCUAAUUUUGCUUUUCACAGUCCCCAGGUCCAGAACAAAUUCAAGGAAACGUACAGUAUUAUACAGAGCCAUGAGUGCAUGGAACUCCCUUACAUCUUAUAUAGCGCAAGUGAACAGCAAACCUAGUUUCAAAAAACAAAUAAAGCAACAUCUCACGGCACAACGCCUCUGCCCCAUGUGACCUACUUGUUGUGUGUAUGUACUGACAUGUAUGUGUAACUGAUAGAUGCACACACAUACUACAUGUUAAGUAUUUUGUCUGUAAUGUCUUCUCGUUAAAUGUCGGACCCCUGUAAGACUAGCUAUCACCAUUGGCGUUGGGUAAUGGGGAGCCUAAUAAAUCAAAUUGAAUGAGUAGGUAUGUCCAAACUUUUGACUGGUGCUGUAUAUCACCAAGAUGCAUAAGUAUGGUUUCUCCUCUACGACAGACCUUCAGGCCUGCUGCCAUGGUGAUUGAGCGGUCAGCUGACUUUGGGCAGAACUGGCAGGUGUACCGCUACUUUGCCUAUGACUGUGAGUCCGCAUUCCCUGCCAUAUCCUCGGGGCCCAUGCAGAAAGUGGAUGAUGUCAUCUGCGAUUCACAUUACUCCGACAUUGAACCAUCGACAGAGGGAGAGGUGUGUGUUUUGCAUGACUGAGUAAUAACUAAUUAAUAACUAAUCACAUAUAUGACAUAAUAUUCUGGAUGUGUUGGGAGAAAAGAAGCCAUUGAAAAAACGGUGUAAUCCCACUGACUGUAAACCCAUCUGUCUCUGUAGGUCAUCUUCCGAGUUUUGGAUCCAGUUUUCCGUAUUGAAGAUCCCUACAGCCCCAGAAUCCAAAGUAAGUUCCAGCGAUGAUAUGUGUACUUAAUGAUUUAUGUCUGCUAAUAAGUUCUUAUUAUUAUCCUUCCCAUUUUUGGACAAAUACCAGCUAUGUGUUGCCUAUUAGCCAACUAUAACUGCAAAGUAAAUGUCUACACAUAAUGACCUCAGGGCUACAAGCUAACGGCUAACAAACGUCUCUUUCUCCUUUAGACAUGUUGAAGAUCACCAACCUGAGGGUGAAGUUCACCAAGCUGCACACUCUGGGAGACAACCUGCUGGACUCCCGCAUGGAGAUCAAGGAGAAGUACUACUAUGCUGUCUACGACUUGGUGGUCCGGGGUAACUGCUUCUGCUAUGGACACGCCUCAGAGUGCGCGCCCGUCGACGGGGCUGGGGAUGUUGUCGAGGGCAUGGUGAGUUCUCGCUGAUAAGAUUCUCCUAGUUUUCAUCACUUACAUAGGCCCACAAACCCACCAUCACCCAGUCCCAGAGAGUGCUUGCGCCUUUGUGCCAAAGAAGUGUUGACGAGUGCCUGUUUUGUUUUCUGUAGGACAUCAGGUCUCCUUAGGUCAGUGGCAGUCGGUGCCGUUUAAGAUGAGGGAGGACGCUCAUUUAUUUAAUGAGCAUUGCCUUAUUUCUAUUACAGCAUAUUGGAUGACUAUCAUUCAUAUUCCAUUCACCCAGUUCAAUGUAAUAUCGAUAGGUUUAGGCUACUACAUGAUACUCUAAUUUUCCCUAUACCCAUCAUGAGGUUGCUACAACCUAGCCUAUGAAUGAAAGUUUACAACUUAGGUGCACAGGUUGAGAGAAACACUUUGAGUAAUCAAGGUGACAGACAGUGGCACAUUCAAUACCGCCUUGCACACUCUUGCCUGCAUCUAGCUCAGGUGUAUCAAACUCAUUCCACGGAGGGCCAAGUGUCUGAGGGUUUUGGUUUUUCCUUUCAAUUAAGACCUAGACAACCAGGUGAGGGGAGUUCCUUACUAAUUAGUGACCUUAAUUAAUCAAUUAAGUACAAGGGUGGAGCGAAAACCCGCAGACACUCGGUGAUCACAUGUGAUCUAGCUGAUCUUGGAUGUAAUCAUUAGUCCCAACAGUUACAAACAAGAGUUUCUAUUCAGGUAUGUUUAUCCCUGUUUCGUUCCGUUUAAGAAACGUUUUUCAACAGAAUCAGCAGAAUGAAUACACCCAUGAUCACACUCAAACACAGUUCACUUUCAUAGCAGCCACAUACAAACAGCAUGAUCACUUUGCUCGUUAAUUCCUUCUCGCAUCUACGCGCUCUCCUCCUCUCACCUUUUCCCUUUGCUUGUGGGCUUCAGUGCACAACACAUCAGCUAUCUGUUACCAGGCAAAAAAAAAAUUCCAAGCCAAACCUUCAUAUCAUAACCACUACACACAGCCAACAUCGUUGUCAACAUAUUAGCUAACGGCAGUCAACAUAGCUACUAGAACUAACACGUUAGUAAACCCGCUACAAUCAUGCAGUACAGUGUACAGUUAGCAAGCAGUUUAGCAGUUAUACAAGCGGGCCCCGGUGGCAAUAAAUUAAUAAAACCAAAAGCUUAACUUGACUUGGAAAAGUUCCAGUGUUGGAUAGCCAUAGCCAGCUAGCUAACAUAGCAUCCCCCUCUGUUGAGCUGGGUGUUUGAGUCGGCUAAAUUAGCUAGCAGCAUUCGCUAGCAAAGUGAAAGUGAAAUAAAUACAACUAAAUAUAGCUAUCUCUCUCUCUCGCGUCCUCUUCAUUUUUAAAGAAAUUAAUUUGUUCAAAACUGUUAAACUAUUGUAUUUUUCUCUCUUUGAGUCAACUACUCACCACAUUCUAUGCACUACAGUGGUAGCUAGCUGUAGCGUAUGCUUUCAGUACUAGAUUAGUUCUCUGAUAAUUUGAUUGAUUGUCAGUUCAUGUUGCAAGAGCUCUGAUAGGCUGGAGGACGUCCUCUGGAAGUUGUCAUAAUUACUGUGUAAGUCUAUUGAAGGGGUUGAGAACCAUGAGCCUCCUAGGUUUUGUAUUGAAGUCAAUGUACCCAGAGGAGGACGGAAACUAGCUGUACUCCGGCUACACCAUGGUGCUACCCUACAGAGUGCUGUUGAGGCUACUGUAGAUCUUCAUUCCAAAACAGUGUGUUUUAAUCAAUUAUUUGGUGACAUGAAUAUAUUUAGUAUAGUUUUAUCUAAAAAGGAUAACUAUUUUUUUUUAAAUGAAAUUAAUUGAGGAGGAUGGUCCUCCCUUUCCUCCUCUGAGGAGCCUCCAGCAUGUGUCUUGUUUGUGUAUGCUAGGGAGAGAAAAGGCAAACAGUGCACUUCCUGUAUAGUCUCUGCUAUGGUCUGCUUACAGUCUGUGUCUGUCUGCAGCUAGGCUACUCUACCUCUUGUUCACUGUUAUUAUAUAGCCUAUUCACCAGGAAAUAUUAACUUUAACUUAAGAUGAAUCAAACUUCCUCUCAAACCCAUUUUGCAGAUUGGUUGUCAAAUUGAUUCCCUCACAUUACAAUGUCUUAAAGACAAAACAAGAUACAGUUACACCUUGCCUGAAGAUGCCUGACAUAAAAGCUACACUGUAAACAUGUCCUGCUGCCAUCUGGAAUGGGGAAUACACGGAUAGAGAUGGAGGGAAAAAAGAUCUCUGGAGCAACCGCCUUUCGUCUGUAGUUUCCAUUUGCUUUUGCACUGAUAUCUCAGAUGUAAUUGACCAUGAUGGUCAAGGGAAGCACAGUCAAAUACCACUGAGGCCUCAGUCUCUGCACAGUAGUUGAUAGGUCCCUGAACUGCACUGUUAAAUCCUGAAUAUGUGAAAUCAUUUUAAGGUGGAUAUCCAUAGAUCAUUUGUGUUCGUGGUUUAUGCACAUGCAUAAGCGACAAAGUAAUGGCAUAUUCACUGCUUAUAAGUGCUUAUUAAUGCUAGUUUAACUCUACCCACAUGUACAUAUUACCUCAACUAGCCGGUGCCCCCGCACAUUGACUCUGCAACGGUACCCCCCUGUAUAUAUAGCCUCCCUACUGUCACUUUAUUUUUACUUACUUACUACUUUUUUUGUUUAAAAUAAAUGCACUGUUGGUUAAGGGCUGUAAGUAAGCAUUUCACUGUAAUGUCUGCACCUGUUGUAUUCGGCGCAUGUGACCAAUAAAAUUUGAUUUGAUUUGAGUUUCUUACCUCUGUAUGUUUUCCCUAAGGUCCAUGGCCACUGUAUGUGCAACCACAACACCAUGGGGCUGAACUGUGAGAAGUGUCAGGACUUCUACCAUGACCUGCCCUGGAGACCAGCCGAGGGACGCAAUACCAACGCCUGUAAAAGUAAGCCACCUUACGCUAACAAACUGUCUUAAUUAAGAGUUCCCAAAGGGGAACUAAAGGGGAAUGUUACAGUUUGUGUCCCCUUUCAAUUGAUCACUUGUGAUGACAGGCUGCAGUGCCUGCUCAGUCCGUUUACAACCCUUUACAACCCUCAAACUGCCUUUUUAUAAACCCCCCAUCUCUCUCACGCUCUCUCCUUCUCUGCAGAAUGUAACUGUAACCAGCACUCAGACUCGUGUCACUUCGACAUGGCAGUAUACGUCUCCACGGGCAAUGGGAGCGGUGGUGUGUGUGAUGAGUGCCAGCACAACGCUAUGGGACACAACUGUGAACAGUGCAAACCCUUCUACUUCCAGCACCCAGAGAGGGACAUCCGUGACCCAAGCAUCUGUGAAUGUAGGUUGAACCUUGAACUUUAAACUCCAGCACCCUCUACUCCUCCACACCCCACCACCCAAGCCCAGCCUUCCCUAUCUCCAUCCAUCUGUCCAUCCUUCCAUCCAUCAUGUUAUUUUCUCCCCAUUACUUCUCCACCUCUUACCCUCUACUGUUUCUUCCACUCUCCCUCCCUCCCUACAUCUCUCCACUUAACUCCUACUCCCCACUCUGCCUCAUCUCAUCCAUGACUCUGUCUGUCUCUCUUUAGAAAUAUAUAUUUUCAUGUUUUCUCCUCCUCCCAUCUGGCUCUUUGAUCCUGCCUCUGUGGUCUGGAUCUGAGAGAACACCUGGGUUUUGAAGCUCUAUCAGCCAAACCAGUGGUGUUACCUUUUAACCCCAAACCACUGUAGCGUGGAGAGAGACCCUUCUCAUGUGUCACCUCUCCCCUAGGCUUUCAUGGCUCUAGGUAAAAAUUGACCUCAGGCCGCAGAGGAUGCAUAACUGACCUCAGAUUAGCAUCUGGGAGAACUUCAUCCUACUCUGCUUUGAUGUGGGAAUGAUGGGCUUGUUAGGCUUUUCACACUUGUCUCACCAGUGUUUUGAGUCCAUGUGUUUGUGGUGUGUGAGAGAGAACUUCCAUUCAAGUUUCAAGUCAAUUGCACAAAUACAGUGAAAUGCCUUUCUUGCUUGCUCUUUCCCAACAAUACUGUAACACCCUUUGUAAGGCUUUUUUUCUCCCCUUUGGUAUUCAGUUUGAUAUUUUUGUUAGUCCGCAGGUAGCUACAGUUAAGCAUAUCAAUUCUUCAAGCAGAUCAAAUAACCUUCAGCGCUUACAGUAUGUACCUUUCUUGAAGAGGAUGUACUUCCCUUAUGAAAGAUCAAAUACCUCCCAUUGAUGUUGACCUUGACCAUUUCCUUUUGCUUGUUAAGUUUGACUUCCAUUCCAUGAAUGUGAACUUCACAAUUUUUUUCUUCGUCCUGUUAGAUAGUCACCAUUGCAGCUUUCUACUCCACCAGUUCCACUCGCAAAUACUCCAUUUUACAUAAUAAUGCCUAACUCAAUGUUCCUGAUGAUUCCCAUCUCUGUAGCGUGUAACUGUGAUCCGGUGGGCUCUCUGAAUGGCGGGAUCUGUGACAGGAUGACUGAUGUGUCGUCUGGACUGAUCUCUGGCCAGUGUCGCUGCAAGCCCAAUGUGGAGGGAGAGCGCUGUGACCAGUGCAAACAGGCCCACUACGGCUUGGGAGACCACCCUCUGGGCUGCCUGGGUAAAGACACACACACACAUUUACACAUGUGUUAUCGGAGUCUGGAGCUUUUUCAAGCAGUAGAUGUCUAAAUUGUAUUAGAAUAACUAUAAAUUGUUGUUUUUCCCAGCCUGCACCUGUAAUGCCCUGGGGACAGUUCCUGGAGGGAGCCCAUGUGAUACAGACUCGGGAGACUGUUACUGCAAACGCCUGGUCACCGGGAGGGACUGUGACCAGUGUAUGGUAAGGAACCUUAUUCUUCUGAUUUACUUACUUUGUACACAACAGUCACUAAUCAAAGUCCACUUUGCUAACUGAUGGACCAAAAGGUUAACGCUUUCACUCUGUGAGAGACAGUUGACUAAUGAUCUCAUGGCAGGUGACGUCACCAAUGGCCACUAGUUACACAUCUGCUACACACAUCUGCUACAUACAGUGCCUUCAGAAAGUUUUCACACCCCUUGACUUUUUCCACAUUUUCUUGUGUUACAGCCUGAAUGUAAUAUUUUUUGGGGUCACUGGCCUACACACAAUACCCCAUAAUGUAAAAGUGAAAUUAUGUUUUUCAAUGUUGUUAUUAUUAUUUAUUUAUUUUACAAAUGAAUUAAAAAUGACAAGUUGAAAUGUCUUGAGUCAAUAAGUAUUCAACCCUUUUGUUAAGGCAAACCUAAAUAUUUCAGGAGUAAAAAUUUGCUUAACAAGUCACACAAGUUGCAUGGACUCUCUGUGCAAUAAUUGUGUUUAACAUGAUUUCUGAAUGACUACCUCAUCUCUGUACCCCACACACACAAUUAUCUGUAAGGUCCCUCAGUCGAGCAGUGAAUUUAAAACACAGAGAGGAAGGAAACCACUCAGGGAUUUCACCAUGAGGCCAAUGGUGACUUUAAAACAGUUACAGAGUUUAAUGGCUGUGCUAGGAGAAAACGGAGGAUGGAUCAACAACAUUGUAGUUACUCCACAAUACUAACCUAAAUGAAAGAGUGAAAAGAAGAAAGCCUGUACAGAAUACAAAUAUUCCAAAACAUGCAUCCUGUUUGCAAUAAGGCACUAAAGUAAUACUGCAAAACAAUUUGUAAAGCAAUUAACUUUUUGUCCUGAAUACAAAGUGUUAUGUUUGGUGCAAAUCCAAUACAACACAUUACUGAUUACCACUCUCCAUAGUUUCAAGCAUAGUGGUGGCUGCAUCAUGUUAUGGGUAUGCUUGUAAUCGUUAAGGACUAGCGAGUUUUUCAGGAUAAAAAAGAAACAAAAUGGAGCUAAGCACAGCCAAAAUCCUAGAGGAAAACCUGGUUCAGUCUGCUUUCCACCAGACACUGGGAGAUUAAUUCACCUUUCAGCAGGACAAUAACCUAAAACACAAGGCCAAAUCUACACUGGAGUUGCUUACCAAGAAGACAGUGAAUGUUCCGAAGUGGCCUGGUUACAGUUUUGAUUUAAAUCUACUUAAAAAUCUAUGGCAAGAUCUGAAAAUGGUUGUCUAGCAAUGAUCAACAACCAAUUUGACAGAGCUUGAAGAAUUUUUUAAAGAAUAAUGGCCAAAUGUUGCACAAUCCAGGUGUGUAAAGCUCUUAGAGACUUACCCAGAAAGACUCACAGCUGUAAUCGCUGCCAAUGGAGCUUCUACCUAGUAUUGACUCAGGAGUGAGAGAAUUCUGCAUGAAAUGUUCUAUAAAGUUGCAAACAUUUCUUAAAACAUGUUUUCACUUUGUCAUUAUGGGGUAUUGUGUGUAGAUAGAUGGGUGAGAAAAAAAAUAUGUUUAAUCCAUUUUGAAUUCAGUGUGUAACACAACAAAAUGUGGAAUAAGUCAAGGGGUAUGAAUACUUUCUGAAGGCACUGUACAUUCUGUAAGGGGUUUGGUGGCUUAACUGUUGUCACCAAGGCUGUACAUCUUUGGGCCAUGCAACACCCUCUGGGUUGUAAGGAGACUGGUGUAUCUGCCCACAGCUUGGAAACAGCUUUUACAGUGAAAUGUAGUGGGAGGUCGUUAACAACGUGUCAUUUAACAAUAUGUGUGUGUAUCCUACAGCCUCAGCACUGGGGGCUAAGCAAUGACAUGGAUGGCUGCAGACCAUGUGACUGUGACCUAGGUGGAGCCAUCAAUAAUGAGUGAGUUCAAAGUUCACUUUGCUAAUUAGUUAAUCUAAAUGCCUCACUUAAAAAAUGUAUAAUUGCUAAACGAUUCUUCAUAGUUGCCUCUUUUCAUACAGACACAGAAGUCUUAAAAUGAACUGUUACCUUGAAUGCAACACUAAGAUUAACAUUUUUUAACUCUGAUUAAACUCCCUGACAUUCCCUCCCUGUCCUCUCUCUCUCACUCCAGUUGUUCCCAGGAGACUGGUCAGUGUGUGUGUCGAGAACACAUGUUUGGCAGGCGCUGUGACCAGGUGGAGUCAGGCUUCUACUUCAUCGCCCUGGACCACUACACCUACGAGGCAGAGGACGCCAAAUUUGGACCUGUGAGUCACCUUUCUACCUUUGACCUUUGGUCAAUGACCCUGAUGUGUCUUUCUUCUUCUAAGUUCCUCUGGGAUCAUGGGUGUUCCCUACUAAUCCUUGUGACUUCUCUUUCUUCCUCUCUAUCUCUCUAGGGUGUGACAGUAGUUCAGAGACCCCACCCUCAGGACCGUAGCCCCACCUGGACAGGGGUAGGUUUCGUCAAUGUUCCCGAGGGGGCCUACCUGGAGUUCUCCAUCGACAACAUCCCCCACUCCAUGGAGUACGACAUCCUCAUCCGCUACGAGCCUCAGGUCAGUCCCAGCACAUACUGCCUUCCCAAUGGACAUAAACUCCAGUGCACAUGAGUGUCGGAGGAUAUUAAUUUCUUCCUUUCCUUAAUUGAUUAUGUUAGGUAACGUUGCUGCUUGUCAAGGUCCUGUCAUUACCCUUUUGUUUACCUGUUUACCAAUGUCUAUGUACCUGUUAUGUUGCCGUAGUUACCAGACCAGUGGGAGGAGGUGUUGAUGACAGUGAUGCGGCCCAGUGUGAUCUCAGCAGACAGUCGCUGUGCCAAUACCAUGCCUGACGACGACAACCAGAUGAUAUCCCUCCACCCCGGAUCACGGUAAACACACACCGCCUCCUCUGUCUGUGUGUAUGUGUUGGGGGAGGAGGACUGUUGGGUAACUGGUGGGUGGGUGUGAGAGAGUGAGUGAUGGACUCUGAGUCUGUAUAUUAGGUAUCCUGUGAGUCUGUAUAUUAGAUAUCCUCUAAGUCUGUAUAUUAGGUAGACUCUGAGUCUGUAUAUUAGGUAUCCUCUGAAUCUGUAUAUUAGGUAUCCCCUGUCUGUAUAUUAGGUAGACUCUGAAUCUGUAUAUUAGGUAUCCUCUGAAUCUGUAUAUUAGGUAUUCUGUGAGUCUGUAUAUUAGGUAUCCUCUGAGUCUGUAUAUUAGAUAUCCUCUAAGUCUGUAUAUUAGGUAUCCUCUGUCUGUAUAUUAGGUAUCCUCUGAAUCUGUAUAUUAGGUAUCUUCUGUCUGUAUAUUAGGUAGACUCUGAGUCUGUAUAUUAGGUAGACUCUGAGUCUGUAUAUUAGAUAUCCUCUGUCUGUAUAUUAGGUAGACUCUGAGUCUGUGUAUGCACCCUGUAUGUGCCCUGAGGGUUCCCCAUUGAGAACACUGAUUUUGUGUGUGUGUCAUAGGAGUAUUUUUAAACGUGUGUCCUUUUCUGACAUCCAUCUCUCUCUCUCUCUCUCUUGUCUCUUCAGAUAUGUGGUGCUCCCCAGACCAGUGUGUUUCGAGGCAGGGAUGAACUACACUGUUCGUCUGAGUCUGCCCCUCUACUCUGCACUCAGCGACAUCCAGUCCCCAUAUACACUCAUUGACUCGGUUAGUUCCCACACACACACACGCUGUCAAACACAUAGACACAACUCUGACUUUUGCUUGAAAUAUCCAUGGAAGUCUAUUCGAGACUUAGGCAGAAAUUUCAGCUACUAGGAUUUCAUAUUAGGAUUGGGCCUUACUGACUCCAUACUAAAUCUCAUUCCAUCUCCUGUAACUUUCUUCCCCAUCUGUAGAUUGUGCUGAUGCCCCAUUGUAAGAACCUGGAGAUCUUCACUGGUUCUGAGGGCGGUAACUUGGCCACCAACAGUGCCUGGGACACCUUCCAGCGCUACCGCUGUCUAGAGAACAGCCAGAGCGUAGUGAAGACCCCCUCCACAGACAUCUGCCGCAACUUUAUCUUCAGCGUAUCCGCUCUGCUGCACCAAGGAGCUAAAGGUAUGGCACCGUAUGUGUUUCUCAACUAAAGGUCUAAAGAGAGUUUCUCAACUAAAGGUCUAAAGAGGGUUUCUUAACUAAAGGUCUAAAGAGGGUUUCUUAACUAAAGGUCUAAAGAGGGUUUCUUAACUAAAGGUCUAAAGAGGGUUUCUUAACUAAAGGUCUAAAGAGAGUUUCUUAACUAAAGGUCUAAAGAGAGUUUCUCAACUAAAGGUCUAAAGAGGGUUUCUUAACUAAAGGUCUAAAGAGGGUUUCUUAACUAAAGGUCUAAAGAGAGUUUCUUAACUAAAGGUCUAAGAGAGUUUCUUAACUAAAGGUCUAAAGAGAGUUUCUUAACUAAAGGUCUAAAGAGGGUUUCUUAACUAAAGGUCUAAGAGGGUUUCUUAACUAAAGGUCUAAAGAGAGUUUCUUAACUAAAGGUCUAAAGAGAGUUUCUUAACUAAAGGUCUAAAGAGAGUUUCUUAACUAAAGGUCUAAAGAGAGUUUCUUAACUAAAGGUCUAAAGAGGGUUUCUUAACUAAAGGUCUAAAGAGAGUUUCUUAACUAAAGGUCUAAAGAGAGUUUCUUAACUAAAGGUCUAAAGAGAGUUUCUUAACUAAAGGUCUAAAGAGGGUUUCUUAACUAAAGGUCUAAAGAGAGUUUCUUAACUAAAGGUCUAAAGAGAGUUUCUUAACUAAAGGUCUAAAGAGAGUUUCUUAACUAAAGGUCUAAAGAGGGUUUCUUAACUAAAGGUCUAAGAGAGUUUCUUAACUAAAGGUCCUCUGUAGCUCAAUUGGUAGAGCAUGGCGCUUGUAACGCCAGGGUAGUGGGUUCGAUCCCCGGGACCACCCAUACGUAAAAAUGUAUGCACACAUGACUGUAAGUCCCUUUGGAUAAAAGCGUCUGCUAAAUGGCAUAUUAUUAUUAUUAUUAUUAUAUUUAAGAGGGUUUCUUAACUAAAGUUCUAAGAGAGUUUCUUAACCAAAGGUCUAAAGAGGGUUUCUAAACUAAAAGUGGAACUGACAGCGUUUUAGCAACAUAAAAUCGUAUUAAAAUCUGUUCAUAUACAGCCCUAGGAAGAAUAUGAUUACUUUUUUCUUACAUUUUAUGAGAAGCGAGCACUUAUAAGGUCAUUUUCACGUUGUCAUACUUUCAUAGAAGGUUUGGGAAUGACGUAGAGUAAGACAUUUGUGAACAAUCUAUAGCAAUAUAGAGUGGGAAAGCGGCCGUGCGUUUGGACAAUUAAUAGACACUGCAGCAAAUAUAACCUAAUAAAAACGUAUCAGUCUUGUCCAGGACCUGACUCUACACAGACCGGUGCGCCAUAGCCAAUCAGAGCUACAGUAAGCCUAUAUGCAAAUAAGCCAUUUUCCACACGCGCCUGCCCAAAUGGACUGUGUGUUUACAGGCAGUAGUAACAGAGCGACUUUAGAUCAUUAGAAAGCAUUCGCCAAAAGCCACAAAAUACACCAGAAUGGAUUUCUGCAAAUAUGUAAACACCACGGGAGUCCUCUUAGAUUUGGGAACUUUACAGUCCUAUUGAUCAAACAUGAACAGGUAGGCUCUCUUCCUCAUUUGCCUCUGCACAACAACAACAAUAUCAACAUCUAAUGUUAGCCAGCGCGAGAUGAGCUCAAAUCUAAUGAGGGAACAGUAGAUAAACCCUUCUCAAACUUUUUCAACUUGUAGUUAGCUGUCAAAAUUGCACUGAUAAAUGAUGGGGAAUAGUAGCCUGCUCACCCUUCUGCGGCUUGCCUGCCAAUGCAUGCUUGUCUCAAUCCACGUUUUGACAACUGAAUGGGAACUUGCCUGCGUCCCCGCCCAUUUGAUCGAUGCCAACUGCAUUUGAUUGACAACUAAGAGAUAUGCUAACUCUGGAUAGUCGUUCAAGUUCAGCAUAGCUAGCAAUUUCAAAUGUCUUGCUAUCUAACCAAAUUACACCUGCAUCUCUAGCUGUAACCACUGAAAAACUCACCCACUCGUCCAAUGACAUGACAUCCUCCCAGCAGCUAGUUAGUUAGAUAGCUAACGUUAGGCUCUGGGUUUUUAGCUUGCUACAUAAAUAGAUAAGCUAGCCUAUUAGUCACAUUAUAACUGACUUGUGGUCAUUGCCCUUGCUAGUUUGAUUGUAUUGACAUUCCCAGCCUUACUUACAGUUGUCUGUUUUUGUCCAAAAUAUUCAGUCAUUGAAACUGAAAUAGUGCAUCCCGAAUGGCUGGAGGCAGCAAACAAUGUACCAGGCCAGCUGUGAUUUACAACCUGAUAGCAAUAUUUGCUGGACUACCAAGAAAUGUAUUGAUGAAUUAGCUAUAUUAAUCAUGCAUUAAACUGCAUCCAUCUAUUCUGACUACAAUACCUUACUGUAUGUCAUGGAAUUUUUAGUCAAAUAGAACCUAUUUUAUGAAGUUGGUUUUGUAGCAUAAACUGGGAAUUUGAUAUUUUUCACUGACAUUAUUAUUGCCUGUUUGUUUCAUAUCUGCAAAGUAGUUAAACCGCUGUCAGUUCCACUUCAACUAAAGGUCUAAAGAGGGUUUCUUAACGAAAGGUCAUUGUCAUAAAGUUUGUGUUUCAAUCACAUACAAUUGACCCUGGUCGGCAUUGUUUGGGAAUGACAUAAUUUCAUUCCAACGUUGACCUCCGUCUGACAAUCAGACCCAGUCAAUCUCCACGUACACUCCCAACACUAAAAGUAUAUUUCUCUCUCCUCUAUACAUCAGCUGUUUCAAUCCCUUUCUUUUUAUUUUCCUAUCUCUUUAUUUCCUUUCCUUUCAUUCCGUACCCAUUCCUGUGCCUCUGGCAUAUUGCUGUUGUCUCCGGUUUCUGACCCAUGUCACUCAUCAACAGUUACGCUAUGUCUGUCUGCUCUCCUGUCUGUCUGCUCUCCUGGACUUGUAUUGGACCCUGGGGCCCUAAGCUUGAUUAGAAGCCCUCUCGGAUCUUGACACACUGAAAAGACCACAGAGGAAUUUUCUCAGCCCACCACAGCAGUAAAUCUCCUACUCUGCCAGACGGAGUGAGAACUUGUCUCUGCUGCCAGUCUAGUAGUAUAUACCGGGUUCAUGCUAUCGUAGGACAGAUUUCAUGGAUUUAUUCACAUAGGUGAUCUGACUUAGAUUAGAAGAGUAUAACAUAAUAUAAAGGAUGCAGUCAAAUAUAAUACUCUAUUAUCUUGAGGAAAACUUUUCUUACACAUGCAAGCAUCAAUGAAAACUAAACAUAGCAUCGAUAUGACAGCACUUAAAUUGCAACAUAUAGUUAAAUGAGAAUGAAUUGUUAUUGAAAUAUGCCGUAAGUGUGAUAUGAUUUUAAUUGUAUAAAUGUUUUCUAGGAAUGCUGUCAGUAUGAGUUCAAAUCCUCCCAGCUGUGGAAGUCAUAUAAUCUUGUUUCACUUAGCAGGUUGAGGUUUUUUGAGGUCUCCUGCACAGAUGUAGGUCCCACAUCUGCACAAAUCAUGUGGUUUCGCAGGUCCCUUUUAAGUCUUAUCCCAGUCUUAGCAGUUAGUAAAGGUUGGAGUGUCUAAACCAAGGUCUGCGUGCGAUAAUCUAGUCCCAGAGAUACGUUUGCCUAUCCUAGAUCUGAAGGUUCCGACAUUGCUGUGGUGUCCCCUUAAACCACAGUGGUUUAGAGGAGUUUCAGAUUUAUGAGGACAGCAGAGACUUCAGAGGAUAGUGUUGAAGGAGUCUAGGCUUGGGCAGAGUCUGGCUCAGAGCAUGUCAGUACCCGCUUGGGGGAUGUUUAGUGGAUAUAGGGACACAACACUCACACUCGGUAAGGUUGCAUGUACGUAAGCUUCAACACACACACGCACAUGCUUGCCUAAAAUCCUCCUCCCCUGAUGUGACCCAAAUCACUCGUCUCUCUCCUCCACAUGGACUCAAUGUCUUCGAUAGAAUGUCUGGUCCCUGGCUCUCUCUUUCUUUCCACUCGUCUGUUGAGAAGGAUAUAGGCCCUGUCAGCCUGUCAGGGUAAUAGAUAUAGAAGGUGUUGUUGAUGAAAUACUCGUCGCCUUAAUUAAUAAAACAAACCUUUGUCAGUAUGUCAGAAGCAAAAUAUAUUGAGGUAAAAUGUAUUGAGACAAAGGGUUAACCAGGGUUUUAUGUACAGUUAGUACUUACACCAUAUUCAAAACAGCUUGGGUGAAAUACCUUACUCAUGUAUCCAGCAGCAACUAUUGCCCCCAUUUGAACAGAUCAUUCCAGAUUAUGUGUUCAACUCAAUUUUAAGCCCAUUCCCUUCCUCUCUCUCUCUUUAACAUUUCCUCCUGUCUUUGUUUUCCCAGCAUGCCAGUGUGACCCGCAGGGCUCUCUCAGCACAGUGUGUGACGCCAGUGGCGGGCAAUGCCAGUGUCGUCCCAACGUGGUAGGCAGGAACUGUGACAAGUGUUCCCCUGCCACCUACCUGUUUGGACCCAGUGGCUGCAGAUGUGAGUUUGACUGAAUGAAAAGUGACUGAGUGCAUGUGUUUUGUAUUGCACAAUACAGGCACUGAAUCUGGCACUUAUCACUCUCUUUGCCCUCCGCUCUCUCCCCCCAGCCUGUGAUUGCAGUCCCCAGGGAUCGGAGCAUGCGUUCUGCCAUGAGGCUACAGGCCAGUGUGCUUGUGUCCCCGGGGCGUACGGCCGUCAGUGUGACCGCUGUCUGCCGGGUCACUGGGGCUUCCCCAACUGUCGCCCCUGCACCUGCAAUGGCCACACAGAGCAGUGUGACCCCUACUCCGGAGAAUGCCUGGACUGCCGAGAACAGACCACCGGACACAACUGCGAGAGGUCAGCCAUGGGUUAAUCUGGGUUGAGGGGUCAAGGGUUAAGGAGGCUCAUAGGUGUAUGUGCUCGAUGGGUUGGCAUUAGAAUGGGUAGUCAGUCAGUCUCCUAAAACGUAGAUAACUUAGAUAUUAUAAAGACAUGCAUGUGAAUGAUAGAGUGAUUAUGACCAACCACCUUAUGCCUUUUCCCUACAGGUGUCUGGAAGGUUACUAUGGUGACCCUGUCCUGGGUUCAGGGGACCACUGUCGUCCCUGUAUGUGUCCGGAUGGGCCCGGUAGCGGGCGGCAGUUUGCCGGUGGAUGUUACCGCGGUCUGGACUCUCACUACCAGGUGUUUUGUAUCUGCAGCCCUGGGUACAGAGGUAGGCAGCCAAUAACAACCACCUGCCAAGAUUUAUAGAGCACCCUGUAAACUAGCGGAGCAUGGCAGGAUUACUCAUGUCACAGUGCUUCUGUUCAGACCUGUUUCCUAGGAAGCAGUAGAUUUGUAUGCAUUCAUGUUACAGUGUGGAAGCUUGGUGGCUUUCCAUGAAGUAUAGCUGCCGGCGAUGUACGCUCACAGUUUGAUAUAUGGCUUAAUUUGACAGGAGGACAUAUGUUAUUGUGGCAGUAAAUGUAUAGGCAGUUAUUAUUUCUGAUAGUGAAGAUGGGUGAAAAGAUAUGUUGUUGUAGAGGUGAGUUAUGACACUAUGUUUGGUGAAGGGGUUUAUUAAGCACAUUUUGCUCUCUCGCCUCCCCCUUUACCUCUCCUUUCUUCUCUCCUCCUCUGUCUUUUCCUCUCCCCUACAGGUGCCAGAUGUGAGGAGUGUGCCCCAGGUUACUAUGGAAACCCCCAUGAGAACGGCGGGCAAUGCCAACCGUGCCAGUGCAACAACAACAUUGACAUGCUGGACCAGGAGUCCUGUGAUGCCAGGACGGGUGAAUGUCUCAAAUGUCUCUACCACACCGAGGGUCAAGGCUGCCACAGCUGCAAGCUGGGUUACUAUGGGGAUGCCCUCACACAAAAUUGCAGAAGUGAGUAAAGAAAGUUAACUUGCAACUCUUUGUUAUGUGUUUGUCAUAUCAAUGUGAGUGGUUGUCAUUGUCCAAUUGCUAACCUGCUAGCGACAUCUCUUCUCUCCCUCAGAGUGUGUGUGUAACCACCUGGGCACCAACCCAGCCACAUGCCCGUCGGUGGGCGACUGCCACUGUGAUCUGGGCAGUGGGCAGUGCCAGUGUCUACCGAACGUGGUGGGUCAGCACUGUGACCUGUGUGCCCCCGACACCUGGAACAUGGCCAGCAAGAGGGGCUGCGAAGCCUGCGACUGUGACCCUAACCACUCAUUUGGAACAUCCUGCAACGAGGUGGGUUCUCACAAGGCCGCACCAUUCUUCUGUUGGGUCUUACUACUCCUGUCUCUUGAAUCCUAUCCUAAGGUCACAUUUCUAAUAUUUAUGUAUAAGACUCCCGAGUGGCGCAGUGGUCUAAGGCACUGCAUCGCAGUGCUAGCUGUGCCACUAGAGAUCCUGGUUCGAAUCCAGGCUCUGUCGUAGCCGGCCGUGACCGGGAGACCCAUGGGGCGGCGCACAAUUGGCCCAGCGUCGUCCAGGGUAGGGGAGGGAAUGGCCGGCAGGGAUGUUGGUAGAGCUUGGUGUUUGCAACGCCAGGGUUGUGGGUUCGAUUCCCGCGGGGGGCCAGUAUGAAAAAUAAAUACAAAUAUGUAUGUACUCACUAACUGUAAGUCGCUCUGGAUAAGAGCGUCUGCUAAAUGACUAAAAUGUAAAAUGUAUGUGUUUUGUCCACAGCUGAGUGGCCAGUGCUCCUGUAAACCUGGCUUUGGGGGUAAAACGUGUCGGGAGUGCAGAGAGCUGUUCUGGGGAGACCCUGAAGUCAAAUGCAACGGUGAGUUGACACAUCUCAAUCAGCAGCAUUGUAGUUACCUGUGCUGGCACUACACUGCCUAAAUCCCCAUCUUGACACACACUGAGGUGUGUGUGCGUGUGCACGCGCCUGCGUGCCGUGCGUGUAUGUGUGAGAAAGCUCCAACCCAACAAUUUUAAAUUGCAACACACACAAAGCAGGCCUUUAGUGUUAAUCACUGAGAUAUUACAAGCAGCCCCAUUCCCCUAGCCUCUUAUCGUGGGAAUGUGUAGGAGUUUCAGCUGUGGUGGAGAAACUCACAGCAUCCUCUCCUUACAGUGGGAGCCAAAUUAAGGCCAGAUGUGCUCUCUCACCCAAUGGCUGUGUUUCUAUGACGAACAGGCGGGGGAUCUGUCCGAGCCUCCCAAUAUCCCGCCGGUCCGCCACAAUGCACCUUUGUUCUGAUGGGGUGUCCUGUUGGAGGGACGGCUGUCCAACACAGUGCCUGCUGCUGACAGAAAGGAUCCUUUGUCCCAGAGUAGCAUCACUGGAGCAGAGCAGCCUGCUUAAUUAUCUACUGAAGGACACAUGAAUUGGCUUCUGGUGUAGGCUAGUCCCUUGAGUGGAAACGUGCAGUCACUGUAUAAAGGGUCCACUGCGGUAGUUUAAUCUACUUCAAACUUCUGUAUACAUUGUUGCCAAUGAAAUUAGAAAAUUAUUGUGAUCAAACCAAAAGUCAGAGGUCACUUUGACGGCUGUUUAAACAUCGAACUCCUUCCAGGCAGGCUGCACCAUGUCAAGACCUUGCUGUCCCGUCACAGUGCUGUUUUCUCAGGCUUGUGGUUUGCUGCUUCUAGCAGGGAGUGUUGUAUUCCGGAAAGGUUUGUGUUUUUUCUCUCUGCGGAGAAGGAUCUGUGUUGACAGUCCUGACUGUUUGUUUGGAGACGGAAGUCUGCUCUGGUUCCCUGAUAUCGGAUUACCCCGUUUACCCCAACUAAUGUUGACAUACCCCUAAUCUGGAUAAGCCCAACAGCCAAACAUUACACUAACACUAGUUUAAAUGGUGCAGAUCCCUCUUAGUUUGUGGUAUGUUCGUUUCUCCAGAAACAUAGUAACGUUGUACACUUUGAACGAUUUAAUGAAGGGAGGAAAUGGUCAACUGCUCAAUUUUGAGGUUACAUUCAUUGACAUCACAGUUGCUUUCUUGUGCACAUCCAGCCAUUUUCGUGGCUUUUGCAGUGAUUUGACCCUUUUAGACACAUCGGUAUACCAUUUGAAGACAGUUUGAUAUCUGUGGGAGCCAUGUCUACUAUUUCUUGUUCAUCAAAGCCUUGUGUGUCUGUGUGUGUGUGUGUGUGUGUGUCUGUGUGUGUGUGUUUUGGACCAUGGUGAAAGACUGCUCCAGCUGUAGACCAUUAAAGAUGUAGUUUACUCCCAUCUGUGCCCCCCUCAUCCCCCGACACAGAGGAAUAGAAGCCAUGUUGGGAUCCAUGUCACAAAAACAGCUGGAAUUUCCCUACCCUGCCUGCUCGCAAUCAUCUUAUCUGACCUGUAACACACAACAGAUGCUGUGUAGAAAAGAAAGAAGAGAGGCUAGAUUUGGUCAUUCAAUUCACGAGCCGGCUAUCUUCUAUAAAAGGCCUUUAUUAAAAAUGUGAGUGAUUUUGUUAGAAACAGCAGAAAGCCUACGUUAAUCAUCCAUGUCUUAUUGCGCUUAGUUCCCUCUACAUAUUGCUUGUAGUGUGUUUAGUCUGCUCUGGGGGCCAUUGUUGAUUAGAUAGGGGGUAGGGUGAAUAUUUACCUCCCUUCACACCUAACCUAUGUGGCCAUUUUGUGUAAACAGAGGCAGCACUUUAAUCUGCAGUGGGGGAGGGGGCUGUGUGAAAGGGACAUUCAGGUGGUGCUGUAGUGUGAUGUGGUGUUUGGGGCCCUAGUUUGGGGCUGUCUGCUGAUAAUGGUGACUGGUGAGUGAUGCCCCACUUUGCCAGUUAACACGGCGAGGAAGAGAGACAGGGUAGACAAAAGGACAGGUCACAUUCAUUACAUAUUUCCACUGAGCCCAGGCCCCUCGCUCUCCUGCCUUACAAAACUAUAGGAGGAUUACGCCACACAGCUAAGCCCCCAUUUCCCAUCCUCUUUUGUUGCUUUAGCACCCUGAGGUGACUAAAAGUCAUUUUUCAGGGUGUGUGUACAUCUACACAUUUUUAAAGGUUUGUCGUUCUACAAGUAUGUGUGGUGUGUGCAAGAAAGUAUGUACACUUCACCAUAGAUUCUUCAAGCUCUUCAAGUUUGUGUGUGAGAGUAAACACAGGAGGUACCAUAGUUAGUUGCACGCUGCAAGGCAACAGGAAACAUGUGGUAUGUCAUCAGUAUGUGGUUGUCAUCAGUGGUUCCUGGGGGGUUGUUUGCAGAGUCUGUAGGGGCCCAUGGUGGCCCUUUUGUUCUCCACACACUCUACACACUUCCCUUAAUGAGGCUUUGAAGUGGGCAAACAUCCUCCUCUUUCUCCAUUCCUCCUCCUCCACUCCACUCUCUUCAUCCCACCCUAUUCACUCCAACCAGCCCCCCUAAGGUCACUGGGUUAAUGUGGAUGGCGGUGGGUCAUUGAUCUUUGGCUCACCAGAACUUCAGCUGACUUCAUCUUUACUAGGUGAAACUCCACCGAAAACAUUUUAUCCACCAGUCAAUACAUCAGCUGGCCACUCCUAACUCUCCCAACCGACACUCACCCAGAAAUACAUGUAGGCUUACCAGUAGAUUUAAAAUGUAAGGUGGCAAGCAUUAAAGAACAGGGAUAUUACAACUUGAAUUCUAAUGAAAAUACAAUUAAUUUGAAACUGUAAUUAGAACCAAAGGUUAGGCUAGCUAUUCCACAUUUCUGAGGUGCUUACAACAGGGUGCUAACUGUGCUUGAUACGUUAACAUGUGAUUAUAAACCUAUAAAGGUUACGACCCAUAAAGCAACAGGAGCUCCCAUCCUUUCCCCUCUCCCCAGUGGAGCACUUUGAAAUGACAUUAGGAGGAUCCCAAUAAAAUGAAUGAGUUUGUGAGUUGACCUGACGAGACAGACAUGUCCUUUGAGGUCAAGAUGUCAGUAGCGAGAGAGAGAGAGAAAGAGGCGGGCUACUUAAAAAGCACUUCCCUGGCUUUGUAAGACCGCUUUAUAGGCUCUUGUCCAUUGUUAUGGGACAUCAACAACCUGUUUGAAAUAUCUCCCUCCCAUUCAGGAUCUCUGGAGGGUGACAGACUAGUCAGGAUCAGGAUGCAACAAAAUUAGUUGUUUUUUGAGUCGUGCAGAAAUAGUUUUAGAGUUGAAUGAAAAAAAGGCUAGACUAGUAGUAAAACCUAUGUUUCCUGUUGCCUUGCAGCGUGCGACUGUGACCCACGAGGCAUCGCCGAGCAGCAGUGCAACAAGGCCAACGGUCACUGCGUGUGCUUGGAGGGCGUGUCUGGUCCCCGCUGUGACGUCUGCGCCCGCGGCUACUCUGGCACCUUCCCCUACUGUGAACGCUGCCACCAGUGCUUCACCGACUGGGACGUGAUCGUGGGUCAGCUGACCAACCAGACCCACAGGCUGGUCAACAAGGUGAACACCAUCAAGGCCAGCGGCAUCACCGGACCCUACAAACACACCAUAGAUAACAUGGAGCAGAGCGCCGGGUCCAUAAGAACUAUCCUGGCCCAGAACCCGGCUACACAGCCACUGUCUGAGAUACAGCAGCUACUGGAGCAGGCCACGUAAGUGGGGUGAAAGGGUGGGGUCAAGGGUGGGGUCAAAAUGGGUCAUUGACAAUAUUUAUCGAUAGCAAAAACAGUAGUAGCCACAUCAAAGCAAUAAUAUACUAGAUUAUUUCUGUAUAAUCCGUUUCUGUUCUUUAGAUAUCUAAUGGAAGAGAUGAGCAACAAGCUGAACCUCUCUGAGGAGGCGUUGGCCCAGGUAUCAUCUGAUGACAACAGCACCAACACCAAACUGGACUCUCUCAAAGAGGACGCCCAGAAACUGGAUCGCACCGUCAAGGAGCUGCUGGACCAAGUGGAGCUCAUCAAGAACUCUGAUGUUCGGGGUAAUGGACUGGGACAAGGCUGUUAGACUUGUUGAUGAUUGGGAUAUACAAUGUCAUGUCCAUUAUACUUCCAUUUGUCAACUCUGUGAAAUUGAACAUUGUUUUUGUAAUGACAGGAGCGACAGACAGUGUCACAAAGUACUACAAGCAGUCUCUGGCUGCUGAGGCUCACGCCAAUGCCUCCACCACCGGCCCAGGCAACCCUGUGGAGAGCUCUUUCGUUCUACGACAAGCUACAGAGGACAAGAUGAAUGACACCAGGGAGGAGUUCCACAGGAGGCAGGAAGAACACGCCAAGAGACUGGACGACCUGGCGGAUCAGCUGGAGACAUUGGACCUAUCAGAACUCAGCGAGAAGGUAAGGCCAAGCAAGGCCAUAUCUGUGGCCUGAAACUGGCUUGCUGAUGUUGAUCUGAGUUUGACACAGAUGGGACUCAAUCAAAUCCCAGUUUGCAAGAUAAAACCAUCGAAAGCAAUACAUUUUCUUGAGUUGUUAAAUCAAAGCUUUCUUCUGUGUGGGUCAGGAAGAAUGUUAGGUUUGAUUGAAUGAGAACCAUACGCUUAGAUUCCAUUUGAACUCUUCUCACUCUACUGGUCCUCUCUCUGCAGACGUGUGGUAGCCCAGCUGGUGAGGUGUGUGCAGACUCUCUGUGCGGGGGGCUGAGCUGUGUGGACUCCGACGGGAACAGGAGGUGUGGGGGUGAGGGGUGCAACGGUCUGGUCACCCUGGCCAACAAUGCCUGGCAUAAGGCCAAGGACUUUGACCAGGAGAUCCUCAUGGCCAUGCAGGAGGUGGACAAGCUCUCCAAGAUGGUGAGAUCCUGUCUUUAAAUUAAAAUGAACCAACUCUCUUUAGACAAGAAAUACACCCACUUUGGUUCCUAACCUGUUUGUUUGUGUGAUCAUGUGUCCAGGUGUCGGAGGCCAAGGUGAAGGCAGACGAGGCCAAGCUGAGUGCCCAGGACGUGCUGCUGAAGACAAACAAGACCAAGCAGCGCGUGGCCCAGAGCAAUGAGGAGCUGCGCAGCCUCAUCCGACAGAUCAGAGACUUCCUCACACGUAUGUCUACUCCUAAAAUCAACUCCCCCGUAGCCCCCAUACUUUAACUCCUACAUAUGUUUACUACCCUGUGAGUUAAAGGUACAAUCCAGCUGUUCAAUUGUAAUUUCAAUUAAAGGUUUCAAUAAAUUUCACCCAUUGAUUCUAGAAGAUUGUAACUUAUAAAUGUCUCAUAAGCUUAGUACAACUGUCCCCUUCACGAGCUUAGUACAACCCUUGUAUCUGCUGUGGCACCCCCUAGAGGAUGCAGCGGACAUGGAGAGCAUCGAGGCAGUUGCCAACGAGGUGCUGGCCAUGCAGAUGCCCAGCACGCCAGCCCAGCUCCAGAAUCUGACAGACGAGAUCAGGGAGAGGGUGGGAGACCUGGCCCAAGUGGAGACUAUCCUGAACCAGAGCGCCGACGAUGUGCAGAGAGCCGAGAGCCUACUAAAGCAGGCACGCAGAGCCAGGUAACACACAUUAACACAAGAUUAUCCUUGAACGGAGCACAGAUGAUGAGACACACACUGUUGUGCUUGGUGUGCUUAUUAUUUUCGCCCUCUGUGUGUGUGUCCCACAGUAAAGAGGCAACAGAUGUGAGGGAAACAGCAGAGAUGGUGAAGCAGGCUCUGGAAGAGGCUGAGCGUGCCCAGAAAGCAGCGGCCGAGGCUAUCAAACAGGCCACCACCGACAUCAAUGGCACCAAUGACCUCCUGACCUCAGUGAGUCAACAUCCUCCAUUUUAUCACACACAGCGAGUUUGAACUUUUGGGACUAAUCCAUUGGUUCCAUUGUACCUGUAAAACUAAAUCAAGCACAGCUAAAGUAUUUGACCCAUUAAAAUGUACAAGUAUACCAUAAAGACACACUGAGCUUGUCUUUACGUCUUCAAAAGGUGGAGUCGGAGACAGCAGACUCAGAGUACAAGCUGAACAACACCACCCAGAGGCUGCUCCGGUUAGAGCAAGACAUCACACUGCUCAGAGAGAAGACACUGAACACCUCGCUUAGCUCUGAACAAACCGAGAGAGACGCAGAGACCAUCAACAAAGUGGCUGAGCAGGUCAAAAAGGUUUGCGAGCUACUGUGUGUUAAAUUGGGAUGUGAGAGUUUGUGGAUUAUUUUUCAGCCUUGUCAUUCUCACAAUAAAUUGCUGACCGUGUGUGUGUGUGUGUGUGUGUGUGUGUGUGUGUGUGUGUGUGUGUGUGUGUGUGUGUGUGUGUGUGUGUGUGUGUGUAGGACCUGGACUCGGAGCUGAAGGAUAAGUACAGCACUGUGCAGGACCUGAUCAAACAGGAGGCCGGGGGCGUGGCCGACGCCAAGAAGAGGGCGGAGCUUCUACAGCAGGAAGCCACAGACCUGCUGCUACAGGCCAGCGACAAGCUGCAGCUACUGAAAGGUACAGUACACACACACACACGUACCUGCACUGGCUAUAUGCACAAACUGACACACACACACACAGACAUGCACUGGCUAUAUGCACACACUGACACUCUCACACACACACACAGAGACACACACAGACAUGCACCACAUAAAUCUACAAGAACAGCUUGGAGAGCACCUUGCAGGCAUAUACACUGAACAAAAAUAUAAACGUAACAUGUAAAGUGUUGGUCCCAUGUUUCAUGAGCUGAAAUAAAAGAUCCCAGAAAUGUUUCAUACGCACAAAAAGCUUAUUUCUCUCAAAUUUGUUUAUAUCCCUGUUAGUGAGCAUUUCUCCUUUGCCAAGAUAAUCCAUCCACCUGACAGGUGUGGCAUAUCAUGAAGCUGAUUAAACAGCAUGAUCACUUACACAGGUGCACCUUGUGCUGGGGACAAUAAAAGACCACUCUAAAAUGUGAAGUUUUGUCACACAACACAAUGCUACAAAUGUCUCAGGUUUUGAGGGAGAGUGCAAUUGGCAUGCUGACUGCAGGAAUGUCCACCAGAGCUGUCGUUUUAGAGAAUGUGGCAGUACGUCCAACCGGCCUCACAACCGCAGACCACAUGUAACCACGCCAGCCCAGGACCUCCACAUCCGGCUUCUUCACCUGCGUGAUCGUCUGAGACCAGCCACCCGGACAGCUGAUGAAACUGGGGGUUUGCACAACCAAAUAAUUUCUGCACAAACUGUCAGAAACCGUCUCAGGGAAGCUCUUCUGCGUGCUCGUCAUCCUCACCAGGGUCUUGAUCUGACUGCAGUUCGGCAUCGUAACCGACUUCAGUGGUUACCACCUUCGAUGGUCACUUGCACCUGGAGAAGUGGGCUCUUCAUGGAUGAAUCCCGGUUUCAACUGUACCGGGCAGAUGGCAGACAGCGUGUAUGGCGUUGUGUGGGCGGCGGUUUGCUGAUGUCAACAUUGUGAACAGAGUGCCCCAUGGUGGUGGUGGGGUUAUAGGCAAUGAACACAAUUGCAUUUUAUCGAUGGCAAUUUGAAUGCACAGAGAUACCAUGACGAGAUCCUGAGGCCCAUUGCCAUUCAUCCACCGCCAUCACCUCAUGUUUCAGCAUGAUAAUGCACGGCCCCAUGGUGCAAGGAUCUGUAUACAGUUCCUGGAAGCUGAAAAUGUCUCAGUUCUUCGAUGGCCUGCACACUCAGAAGACAUGUCACCAUUGAGCACGUUUGGUAUGCUCUGGAUCGACGUGUACGACAGCUUGUUCCAGUUCCAGUCAAUAUCCAGCAACUUCGCACAGCCAUUGAAGAGGAGUGGGACAACAUUACACAGGCCACAAUCAACAGCCUGAUCAACUCUAUGCGAAGGAGAUGUGUUGCGCUGCAUAAGGCAAAUGGUAGUCACAACAGAUACUGACUGGUUUUCUGAUCCACGCCCCUACCUUUAAAAAAAAGAUCUGUGACCAACAGAUGCAUAUCUGUAUUCCCAGUCAUGGGCCCUGUGUAGCUCAGUUGGUAGAGCAUGGCGCUUGCAACGCCAGAGUUGUGGGUUUGUUUCCCACGGGGGACCAGUAUGAAAAAUGUAUGCACUCACUAACUGUAAGUCGAUCUGGAUAAGAGCGUCUGCUAAAUGACUAAAAUGUGAAAUCCAUAGAUUAAGGCCUAAUGAAUUUAUUUCAAUUGACUGAUUUCCUUAAAUGAACUGUAACUCAGUAAAACCUUUGAAAUUGUUGCAUGUUGCGUUUAUAUUUUUUUUCAGUGUACAAUCACAACUCACUACCUAAAACACACACCCUUUCGGGUCCAACCAUGCAUGAUAUGUCCUUACAACGCAUUGAGGCAUUAUCACAAACAUUACACUACACAGAUCCUACUGUGUAAUGGUGUCUGCUUAGUGGAUAUAUAAAACAUGAUCUGUUUAUAAUACCUAUGAGAUCUCCAUCUCCAUGUUGAUUCGCUUUUUCCAAUCAAGAGUUGAACAUGAAAUUACGCAGGCCCUCUAACUUUCUCUUCUCAAGUGUGUGUAUUCACUGCGUGCAAUUCCACGUUCUGAUUGUAAAGCCGGCGUGUGGAGGGAUACUACACGUCCUGUGAUUUUAGAUUGACGGUAGGAUGUCUCCUUUUUGGUUCCCAUCCAGAUUUAGAGAAGUCCUACGAGGACAACCAGAAGACUCUGGAAGACAAGGCCAACCAGUUGGUGGAUCUGGAGAAGGCUGUCAAAGAGCUGCUGCAGGAGAUCAGUCACAAAGUCACUGUGUACAGCACCUGUCUGUUUUAA